CCGGACGUUGCGUCUCCUCGGGUAUUUGAACGAGCUUCAGCGCAGUCUUCCUCCCCAGUCAGAGUGAAAGUUGUCUCCGCCGAGGAGAGCAGGGAUCCGGGACUCGCUCGUUUCCACCGCCGCUGCUUCUCACGCUUUUCUCCCGGAGAGAUGAGGCGGAAAGAGAAGAGGCUGCUGCAGUUCGCCGGGCUGCUCAUAGCGGCUCUUCUCUUCCUCCCCAACGUCGGAUUGUGGUCUUUGUACCGGGACCGGGUGUUUGACAACUCGCCCGGCUCGGCGGACGGUCCGGGCGGGAUUCUGUUGCUGCAGGUAGGAACAGUCCUGGUGGGUGUUAACUUCGAUAUUUGGAGAGAGAAGGUGGGUUUCAGAUUGGACAGGAUCAGACAAAGACUGAGUUAGAGAGAGGGGUGCUCGGAUAUAGGGAUCCGGUCUGUAUUCAGCAGCUGCAGGGUCAGGACCAUGGACAGAUCCUUGGUCUCCUCCAGGCUGCCUCACUUCAGCACCAUGGAGAGCGCAGAGACUGUCAGAUUUGAAGCUUCUCUUCAGGAAAGGAGAAAAGUUCAGCAAUGAUCCCCUGAGGUCGAAUUCACUUUGAGCUUGACUUCUGCUCUUAUACUGUCUAAAUUUAAAGGUGAUUUGUUUCUGUUUAGUUUAUUUGUUUAUUCGAACAGGUUAAAAGAAGAACAAAAUAAAUACAUUAUACAAUGUGCUUUUUAGCAACAUAGAUAAUCAUAUUUUGUUGGAAAGGAUGUAGGAUGAAAGGAUGAAGUUGGUAAACCUCAUUUAGUCCUUUAUUGUUGUGUUUCUAUAAUGUAAUCAGUCGGAGCAUGUGUAGGACUAACAGCUCAGAAGAAAGAGGAUAUAUCAGAAAAAAAACAUGUUGCUCAUUGUUAUAAAUUCAUUUUUCUCUCUUAUAUCCACUCAGAUUGUGGUUUAUAAAAAUGAGUUUGAACUCGCUCAGUGAUCUGCAGGUUUCAUUUCUGCUGUUUCACAGAUUAACUCCUUUGACAUUUUAGUGUUUGUACAUACAGGUUAGUUUUUAAAAAAUGAGAUUAUGUUUGUUUUCUCUUUUAGACGCCCUGUGGUGACUGAUUCUGAUCUGAAUAGUUUAGAGGUCGACUGAAUCCUUGAACUUUUGUGCGUUCAGUUUGAUGAAGAGUGGGUUUGAUGGUUCUCUGGAGGUACUUCGAUUUACUACUUUUAAUUGCUGUUUUUUUCUUGCUCGUUUAAAGGAGAAGUUCGCCUUUUUCCAACUCCCAUUCCCCAGAACUCCCAGAGUUCAUUUUCAGAUUCUUUUAUUUGUUUUUAAAACCUUAAAUGGUCCGGCACCAUCUUACCUCUCUGAGCUGCCUCUCCCCUACGCUCUCAGGUCAGCUGACAAGCUGCUCCUGCAGGUACAGAGCUCUGUUGCUGCUCCUACAUUAUGGAAGGAUUUACCUCUCCACGUUGGACAAGCUCCCUCACUGUCCAUUUUUAAAACUCGUCUAAAAACCCACGUUUACUCCUUGGCUUUUGACCCAGCAUGAGACGACAUUUUAUUAUAUUUUAAAACAACUAUUUAUUGUUGUUUUAUGUUUUAUGUUAUUAUGUGCAGCACUUUGUGUCAGCUUUGGUUGUUGCUUUUGCUCUAUAGUUGAGUUAAAUAUUGAUAAAUGUGGACUUGAAAAUGUGAUUUUAGAGCCGAUAUUGAAGAACUCUACCGUCGUGUUUGAAAAAGCUGCUCCCCCCCGUGACCCUCGGUUUGCUGUCUUAAUCCGUCCAACUGUGAUCAACUGUCACUAAUAUGAGAACCAGCAUUCGCACAGACAACGACUUCCCACCACGAGCGUUCACUUAUUGAUGCUCUCAUUGAUCUCCCAGUUUCCCCCUCUCUGUGUUUGAGCAGAAGAUGAGAGUCAGUGAUUGGAAUUGAUCAGAGAGUCUCCUGACCGACUCGCUCUUACUGCGUUAUUAAUCAUCACACUUUUGUUGUUUUGCUUUCAGAAGUAAUUUAUGUUUUUUUAUUUUUUAAUGAUGAUAUCUGAUUGCUCUGAAGGUCACUACGCUAUCAACAACGUAAAAACCCUCUAAGAGAAAAACUCUAACUUCAUUUCUGAUGGGAACGUACUUUAAAGUUAAAUAAUACUGUGAACUUUUAAUUAUGUAGAGAAAGUCUCCUCUGCAGGUCCUUCCUACUUGACUUUGUGAUACUUGAGGAUCUCGACGUCUGCAGAGGAUUUGAAUGGAAUUUAUCAGGAAACAAAAGCCAGUCGAACCCUGACUCCUCUCCUCCUGUCAGAGUCCUCAGCCCUCUGAACUCUAAAGUGUUUGUUUCAGACUCGUAGAAGCUCAAAGGAGAGACUGAGAGAGAGUUAGAGUGACGAAAUAUUCAAAGGAAGGAAGCCAGUAACUGUAAAUCAACAUGUAGGGAGCUGUGUGGAGCGUGUUGUCAGAUUUAUAAACCAGCUGAACCAUGAAGAGAGAGGAGAGAGAGUCAACUAUCUCGUCCUUUUUGUCGUUAUUGUUUGAGGACGGGAAGGAUCAGGGUUCGAGUUGGAAGGAGUCAAGCAGCAAAUAGUCAGAGCCGACCUCUGUACCUGAUACUUCAGGUUUUGAAGAUACACUCAGGUACAAGGAGGUCAUGGUGAAGGCCCUCCUUUGGAUCUUCAGGGUUAUCAUCACACAGGCCCUUUUAUCCGUCGAUGGUUCAUUAUUUGUGUGAAUUUUUAAAUUUGUUAUUGACUCAGAAUUGAUUUAAAAAACCUUUUACUUUUGUCAUUUUUACGUUACUUGGCUUCACAGCAGGAUUGUUGUACAGUCUCUAGGUUUGGACUGACUCUUGGAUCACUAAAACACUUGGAGAACUUUUGCUGAGGUUGAGAAAGAAGAAGGACCCUAAGCUGCUCUUGCAUGUAAGAUGGAUCACAGACUACCUUGAGCAUGGCUGUACAGCCUCUGCUGUGAUCUGUGGGUUCUUGUGGAUGGACUUUGUUUGGACCAUAUCGAGCCUCUCUGGAGGAGGAGGAAGUAAAAAGUCAGACCUUUAAGGUGGACUUCCAUGAGACAGCACCCUAUCACCUGUAAGGUCGUAAGUCUGUCACCUUGAUCGGUUCGAGGCAGCAGCUUCAACUUGAUAACUGGAUGGUAACUUUCAAAAUAAAACCUCAAAUUUGAUUUAUGGAAAUCUUUUUUUGUACAGAGUUUUAAAGAUGCUGAAAUAUUCCUGAGGGAGUCGAGUCACGUUUAGUUUAGUCCAGUGGUUCUCAGCUGGUGUCUCUCUGGGACCCUCAUUUUCCCAUGGUCCUUUAGUCACUACCCACUUUUAUAGAAAUUUAUUGAUUUAUAUGAAAAACUUGAAAGACUCAAAUCUUUCACACAAAUACACUGUUUUAUUCAGUGCAUUUCAGAGCUCAUGAAUUGAAGACGACAACGACCGAAGUUGCUUAUACAGAAAAUAUCAAAUAAAUAUCAAAUUGCGCAAAAUAAGCUAUUUUUCAAAAUAAAAGGCAUGUCAAACAUCAGAUGCGCAUUAAAUAUUUUCUUUUUUGACCCAUCCAGAACGUGUCGGCGACCCACUUUUCGGUCGGGACCCCUCAGUUAAGAACCACUGGUUUAGGCAACAUUGUCUCUGUCUGAACAUGAGUCGAGGUGAAGGGACUUUUUGUUUGGUAGUGAUUUAGCCAACAAAAGUAAAAACUUCAACUCUGCAAUUACAGAGAAGUUCUUUUGUAAAUUGUACCUGUUCAUACCACCCAAACAGAAAAGCAGUGUAUCAUCACAAAGUUGACAGAGCAUUCAGCAGCAAGACGUCCAUACAACUCCCAAAUCAACCAGUCAAUAGAAAUGAUCGAUAAACUCAAACCAGGUUGAAAGUUGUUAAAAUAAGUUUUUUAAAAAAGUGAAAAGUUAAGAACUGCAUUUGUGAAAAAUCCAGUCUCUUCUUCCCCUCUCUUUGUAACACCAAACUCUGCUCCCCUGCUGGAUGCCGGCUGCUGGCUGCUUUUCCAAACUUUUAAUGGCAGAGGACAAAUGGAAGAAAUGACAAAUGAGGAGAGGAGGAAACAAAGUGUGUGUCUGUGUUUGAAUGCUCCCUGUGGGCUGUUAUAGCUUCACUGAACUAGAUAAAAAUCAAUACCCUUAUCCCAUUCAGCCUUUUCCCACAUAAGUCUUGUUAGAGACAUUUGUAGCCGAUAUAACCCCCUCCCUCCUUCCUUCCCCUCGUUGCUCUCUGUCCGCUCGGCUUGUCAGCGACACAGUGCUUGAACUCUGUGAAUAAGAUCAGAGCGGAUUAUAGACAAACAGAAUGAGUAUCUGCCUCAUUCAAACAGGAACUCCCUCACCGAUGUCGUAGAUUAGACAGAAUAUAAAUGAAGAACAGAGCGCUCCUGUGUGUGUUUGUAUUCUUUCUAAAGAUUUAUUCACACGGUGAGGAGGACUCUCAUUCAGAUUCAUCUGGACUUGUUUUGCUGUUUUUGCCUUCAGGCGUUUUAAUUUCCCAGAGUUUGCAGUUUGAGCUUUUUCUCCUCACUCUUAACUCUGAAAUGAGUCAUUCACAGCUGGUGUGGUGAAUUCUGUCAGAAACAAACAUUCAGAAGUGUCCAAAAAAUCUGCUGGGACUUCUUAAAUGCUCCUGCAGUUUAAUCCACUGCUUAAUCCAUCAGCAGCUCAUGUACUCAGUCCUCUGUGUCCACAAACUCUCAGUGUGUCAUAUUUAAACCAUCCUCUCCUCGAAGCUUUGAAGCUCAGCCAAGAGUCUGACUAAUAUAACCGCAAAGAAAAAUACGUGCUUAUGGUCAGCUGAGGGCUGCACGGUUUGUGCUAUGGUUGUGUGUAGCUGCUGUGUGCUACGACGCAGUGGUUUGCUACUUGGUUCUAAUUCAGAACAUGAUUGGUUCAGCGUGAAGCGGACCCGGAGCAAGUGACAUCCCAUUCCUAAUCCAUAGGGUUCAAUAUGACGUCGGUCCAACCUUUGCAGUCAGAACAGACUCAAGUGUUCUGGGAAGGCUGUCCACAAGGUUUAGGAGUGUGUUUAUGGGGAUUUGUGAGGUCACACACUGAUGUUGGACGAGAAGGCCUGGCUCUCAGUCUCCGUUCUAAUUCAUCCCAAAGGUGUUCAAUCGGGUCAAGGUCGGGACUCUGUGCAGGCCAGUCAAGUUCAUCCACACCAGACUCUGCCAACCAUGUCUUUAUGGACCUUGGUUUGUGCACUGGUGCACAGUCAUGUUGAAAGAGGAAGGGGUCAGCUCCAAACUGUUUCCACAAAGUUGGGAGCAUGGAAUUGUCCAAAAUGUCUUGGUAUGUUGAAACAUUCAGAGUUCCUUUCACUGGAACUAAGGGGCCAAGCCCAGCUCUUGAAAAACAACCCCACACCAUAAUCCCCCCCUCCACCAAACUUUACACCUGGCACAAUGCAGUCAGACAAGUACCGUUCUCCUGGCAACCACCAAACCCAGACUCGUCCAUCAGAUUGCCAGAUGGAGAAGCGCGAUUCCUCACUCCAGAGAACGCGCCUCCACUGCUCUAGAGUGCAGUGGCGGCGUUCUUUACACCACUGCAUCCGACGCUUUGCAUUGCACUUGGUGAUGUAUGGCUUGGAUGCAGCUGCUCGACCAUCUCAAGAAUGGUUGUGCAGAUAUAUUUUUUGGUUGUAUCACGUAGCUGCGUGUCCCACAUAGACUUAAGAAUGAAAGCUUUAAGUCUUAGGGUUUAUAAAUGGACACGGUGAUGUUUCAAAGACUGCAGUUUCCACCGUUUGUCUGUCUAAUGUGUUCCUAAUGCAAUUUUUGAUUAGCUGUGUAUUAUGGAAGAGUCACAUACGUAAUAUCCUCAUCUCAUAAUUUCAAAGAAUGGCAUCCUCAUCCAUGAUACACUGACCUGUGUUAAAAAGUAUAUAACCAUGUGAAUUUGAUACCGCCUUCAGACAGACUUUGCAGCAGGGAGUGGUUUACUCUUCAUCUGAAACUGUGAAGUCGUACCAAUUCAGCACGACUGACUCGCUCUUGUCCUAUUUAACCACGAAAUUAUCGCCUUCUUUUGCAAACGCCAUGUUUGUUUACACUGGUGUGUGAGGGACAUGAUAGAGAGGAUAAUCGAUUUGAGUAUUUUAACUUUUUAAACAUCGUCAUUAUCAAAUAAUCCAAUUAUGAUUUAAAAUUGAGCUGGUGAAGGUGACAGUUUUGGUUGUUGGAGGCAUAUUUGUUUUACAUUUGCAUGUGGUCGGCUGUGAUACAUAUACUUCAUUAUUUAAAGAGUUUGAAUGCAAGCUUCUGAGUAUAAAGAUUAUUAAGUAUAUUACAGUAUAGAUAUAUAAGAUGUCUUUGCACCACAGGAAAGACUUGCUGUUGCAGAACAUCUCUGAAGGGUGGGUGUGAGGUUGCAUUGACACCACUUUAGAAUAAUAAAAUCUACCCCAUGAUUUUCUUUCUAACAGAAAAACUCUCAAAAAUACAAAAACAAUUACACAGGUGCAGUUUAUCCAGAUAAAAGCAUCUGUUUCCAUCCCAUCUUUCAAAAUCAGCGAGUAAAACAAAUCAUAUUUUGUUUUUUUAUUUUAAAAGCACUCCACUCGAUAUUGUUCCUUCCUGAUGAUCGUGUUUUGACAAGAAUAACAAAAGAAAUUUAACUCGACAAACCAUUACAUUUUGCUUCUAGUUGGUUUCUUCCUUCUGUUUUCCAACAAACUGAUAUUAAAUUUACGACUCAAAAGAGACUCAGAUAAAAAUGAAGAAAAUCAGAGGAGCCGAUCUAUCGCGGAAGAAUUCAAGUUUUACCAACAAAAAUUACAGACAGGAUAAAAAGCGCAAAAACAGACGGUGUAAAUAUCUGAGUACAUGAAGCAGCGAUGAGUGUCGUGAUGGCGAGGACUGACUUGUCCGUCCUCGUCUGUUCAGCUCAGACCCGUGCAGAUGUGCAGUAUGGAGGGCUGCUGGGAGGCCACAUCCGUCUGAACGAUUCCUCGUGUCGGAUGAAGCCGAGCUCUGAAGCAACAGGAUGAGUCAGGCGGGUGAAUCCUGAACUCAGCUGACGGAGAGACGUUCACACAGAAGGAGAGAGAGAGAGAGAGAGAGAGGACCGCAGGGCCAAUCUGCCUCCGUCUGUCAUGUGACCGAGUUUUAUUUGGAGCUUUGAAAACAGCCUUGUCACACAGAUCAGACUGUUGACCUUCACAGUUCCUCCCCAGAUCUACAAAGUGAAGUAUGGAUGUAACUCUGAGCCAACCCUGACCCAACCACGGCAACGCGCACAAAAUGUGAGAAAAUAAACAAACAAAGGGCGCUUUCAUCGAACCUUGGAGCAGCGUGUUUGCAGCGAGAGCACAAUCAACCCGGCGACUGAACAAACAGCUGCUCGGCUCAUCAAACCAGGAGGAGGCGAGCAACAGAUGCAGUAAUACAGCUGCAAGGCCAUCUCCAUUAACGUUACCGUUCCAGAGCUGGUGCCAGACAAGGCCGUACACAAACAGACUGGUUUAGUCUAGAGAGUUCAGGCCUGAAUCAGGAGAAAUCAGGAGGAUUUGUCUUUCUCAGAAGUGAAACGUUGAGCUGGUCUUUACCUUUAAGGACAUGACUCUAACUUUUUUCACAUGUUCUCCUAAGUUGAAGAAGUACGCAGCACACAAAGAACUUUAGGGGCACAAUGAAAAUUGAUCAAAUAAUGUUUGUCUUAUUGGUUGACAUAAGUACUAUUAUUUGGAGUCAAUUUUAGGUCUUCUGGUCACGUGACAUGGAAGCUAUUAAAGGAAAGGUUCAAAAUUUGUCUUUAAAUUUAACACAAAAUUUUUUAGAGGACAAAUUAGGGAAAUAAAGAGGUGUGUCUUAUUGUUCGACCAUGGUACUAUUAUUUUAAAUCAAUUUUAGGUCUAGCUAUUGAAGGAAAACAGCCUUUUCUGAGAACAUCAACCAGUAAUUUAUUGACGGUCCCUUAUUCAACACCGACGUUGACAGUGAGGGUGUCGAGUAGAUUUAACCGCGCUGCUGUUGUUAUUCCCGGUUAUGGAGAGUGAGAAGACACCGGUAGAUCCUCAGAGAAUGUCCGUCAGAUAUCCAACCUAAAACUAACUUCACCGUCGUAUUUACAGGAAAAUAUAUCCAACCUGAAACUAACUUCACCGCCGUAUUUACAGGAAAAUAUAUCCAACCUAAAACUAACUUCACCGCCGUAUUUACAGGAAAAUAUAUCCAACCUAAAACUAACUUCACCGCCGUAUUUACAGGAAAAUAUAUCCAACCUAAAACUAACUUCACCGCCGUAUUUACAGGAAAAUAUAUCCAACCUAAAACUAACUUCACCGCCGUAUUUACAGGAAAAUAUAUCCAACCUAAAACUAACUUCAGCGCCGUAUUUACAGGAAAAUAUAUCCAACCUAAAACUAACUUCACCGCCGUAUUUACAGGAAAAUAUAUCCAACCUAAAACUAACUUCACCGUCGUAUUUACAGGAAAAUAUAUCCAACCUGAAACUAACUUCACCGCCGUAUUUACAGGAAAAUAUAUCCAACCUAAAACUAACUUCACCGCCGUAUUUACAGGAAAAUAUAUCCAACCUAAAACUAACUUCACCGCCGUAUUUACAGGAAAAUAUAUCCAACCUAAAACUAACUUCACCGCCGUAUUUACAGGAAAAUAUAUCCAACCUAAAACUAACUUCAGCGCCGUAUUUACAGGAAAAUAUAUCCAACCUAAAACUAACUUCACCGCCGUAUUUACAGGAAAAAACAUUUGUUAGCUUGGCUAAUUUUUUUAAAUGCGCACAUGUGCCCCUAAAUACAUUUUACCAUUCGCACACAUCUAUUAGUGAUGGGCGUAGCAGUUCUUUUAGAUGUACUGAAUCACCAGAAUCAGUUCACUUAAAAGAUUUGUUCAAAAGAUUCAUUCAUCGAAUCGUUCAGUGCUUGGCAGGAGGAGCCUGCGACUUUCUGGGACUGGGAGAUGAGAGUGUUUGUCUGUGUUGCUUAAACAGGUUUGUAAAAAUGAACUUGUUUAUAAGUCAUGAUGUUUUAGUGUCCUAUGGUAUGCUGUUUAUAAGGUUUAAAUUGGGGUCUGUGAGUGAUUCGUUCACUGAACGUUUUGAAGAAUUCACACUGAACAUGAACCGUUCCCUUGCAAACCGCUGCAGUGAUAGGACGCUGCGGGUUUAAUGCACUUCUUGUUACAUGUUGUGUCCUAUUGUAUGAAGGUUGUUGUGGUGGCAAUUUAGCAGUAAAAAAUAAAGUUCGUUUUGUCCAACAAAAAUAAUUCCAGAGAGGGUAGUUCAAUGUGUGAUUCCUUUACCAAGUGAUUCAGGUGUUGGUGUAUGCGAAUCCCUCAUUCGCCUGGCAAUGCUGUGUGCUGUAGCAUCUGCCCUGCUGACAGCUCAACUGAAGUGAGAAACGAACGAAUCACUUGAGAAAGUGAUUCGGUUCAGUAGGUUCACUUUAAAGAUUUGGUUCUUUUGAAUGAAUCGUUCGCAAACGACACAACAAUAACAUCUAUUUUUAGUCUCAAAUGCGAGUGAAACGGUCGCGCUGUGGAGCUCUGCCUUUACAGUCUGUUUGAGCUGGUUUGUGUUCAGCAGCUGAGAGUAGAGCCUGUCUGUCUGUCUGUCUGUCUGUCUGCCUCCAGCUGUGGGGAUGCUCUUUAGACACUCAGCACCUCUCUCUCUAUUUUAGGGCGAUUAUUCUUCUGCCUCGCUCUCCUCCCUCUGACAUGGUAAUAAGGAGCUUGUUUGAACAGCUCAGCUCAGUUUGGACAGAAUCCAGUCCAGGCUGUGAUCCCAGCAGUGCCAAUACUGUCGUGAAUCACCAGUAACCCUCCAGCAGGUCCAUCAAACUACCUCCAUAUCUAAAGACGUCCUUUUCCAUGUGUGCGUGUGUCUCCUCUCCAGUAAGUCCAAUUUCUGUGCGUCUCAUGGCGGAUUACCAUCUGCGUGCUGCUCACUUUGUGUGCGGCCUUGUAAAAUUUACAGAUGAAAAGGACAGGUGUUAUAAAACUCCAUCUAUUCCCUCUUUCUCUUAAAAACUCACAGGCAGAAACACGAGUAUGAACUCAGAUAUUUGCAUGUUUUCAGCCGUUUAAUAAUAAACCCCUGAAGCUGUUUGAGGCUCUCAUGGUCAGCUGUUUGCAGCUGAUAGCACGGCUGCUUUUCGCUGGAGGUGUGUUUGUGUUCAGUGAUGCUGCUUAUCCUCCCUACAGCCUGUUAGGGAGGUAUUUUUUUGUAUUCAUAUAUUUAUUUAUUUAUAGCUGACUCUUUGUCCUCCUGGUGUGAAGCUCCUGAAGAGUUUUUCUAUUUUUUCUCUUGAUCUUUUCGCCGCUGUUGUGUUUGUUUACCAUGAGUAUAUGCACUGAGCGCUGAUUUAAGCCGAUUCAAAGCUUGUGAGUGGAAAAGCGAAGCAGGCUGCUGCAGAGCGAGAGUGAAAGUACACUCUAUGACCUGAUGUUAGAUGCUUUACUCCCCUGUGAGAUUACCGAGCAGCUUGUUCCAAGCUAUGAGCGUCAGCCUGAAGUUUGAACAGCCUUCACUAUUCGGGUGGAAAUCCUCCUGGUAGUCAGAGUUCUGCUCUCAUUCAGCCGGCGUUGGUUCAGUGAAAGAUACAAGUUUUUCUCCAUGUUGAAAAGUUGUGUUUGGUGUUAACCUUAAAGGUCCCUAUUAUGGCAUUUUUCAUCAAGUUUAAAUCGGUCCCACAAUAUAAGGUUUGUGGUCUAAAACAUCGGUUUAUUUGUUGACAUCAGCCAACCUGUACUCCCCUCUCCCUGAUUCUGUGCCUGUACCUUUAAAUGAUAAUGAGCUGUGUGUAACCACACCCCUUUCUGAAGGGGGCUGCGGCUUUUGCUCUGAUAUCAUGCGCUAAUGUUUACAGCCUGCGCAGUGUGAUGGCUCGUAGAAGAGCUCUGGUUCAAUCUGACCCAGAGGGAGAGGCACCCGUGGAAAGUCAAAAAACUCUGCGGCUGCAACAAGACGUUUCUGAAUGGUUAGUUACAAAUAUGUGUCUUUAUAUUUCUUUUUUUCACUUUGUUUGUGUGUUAUGUUACGUUGCUGGGUGGGUUAGCUUAUCUGAUGGCUACGUCUCCGCUGUCUCGUUGUUACUUGGAGCUCUUUUGGCGAAUACCCAAUAUUCUGAAAAGUGGAAUGUUAUAGUUUUCUCUCGUGACCAACGCCGUUUGGUUUUCGUCUGUCCAUAAUGUCCCCCGCUUCGUGCAAAAAGACGAACUGAAUAGUAGGAUAGGAUGGACUGAAUGCUCUGAGGGGGCUUCGAGGGGAUGCAUAUUAUUGGUAGAAAAUGACCCAGAAGUGGAUUUUUCAUAAUAGGGGACCUUUAAACUCAAAAUGACAACAGGUUUGAGGAACACUAUCAUCAUUGGUGAACCAAAACAAAGUAACAUUUGAAAAAUCGUACAUUUUCUAUUGAGAUUUAAAAAGUGCAUUAUUUUAGUCUUAGGACAAAUAUAAACAACCUUAUCUUUCGCGUAAAACUUGAAUUUUGCAUCAGUAUUGUUUUCAUAUAGAGGUAUAUUACUAGUGGGCAAUGCUGGGUCCAAUGUAACUGUGAUAUACUUUUACUUACACAGUAACACAGGGCCCAGUAUGGCGCCCUGGGGGACACCAUGAUGCAUUUUAAAAAAGGUGAGAAACUGUCAGGUUUCAGAACCUUCAGACACACACUGAUCUUUUUUUAAUCAUUUUUAUUGAUUUUAAAGUGUUGUUUAGACCCCCUCCUCCAAAAAACAAAAAAAUAAAAAAUAAAAUAAAUUAAAUAAAUAAAUUGAUAUUAAAAUGAAAAUAAUAAUAAUAAUAAUAAUAAUAAUUGGGUUCAAAAUUUCAGAUUGUCCUCUAGUAAUUUUCAGAAAAACUAGGCAAAUUUGAUCACGUUAAAAUUAGCCACUACAUGUACCAUCCUCUGAUCUCCGAACAUUCAGAGUAUUUCCGAUGAAAUCUGUGCUCAGGUUUUUCACGACCAGCAGCUUUUUUCUGUGAUUUUCAGGGAAAGUUUGAUCUCUCUGUAAAAGCUGCUGUGUGCAGAGUUAGUAAAUCUGACUCCGGGUGCUCUUUGCUUUUCAAGGAUCCGCCUGACCUUCUCACGGUUCACAGCUUCCUGUGAAGCCAAGUGGGAUUUUACUUCAUCUUCAGUGGAUUUAAUCAUCAAAAUCAAAGAGGAGCAAUAAUCUUAAUCUGGAUUAAUCUCAUUAUUGAUUUCUUUUUCCUGGUCAUGUCAUGGACGCAGCAUGUGGUCAAAGCACUGCGGCACAUUUAUAGGAGCAGCGUUCACGUUAUAAUCCAUCCGUGUCUCAGUGAGGACUCCCUGAGAGCUGUCCUCUCGCUGGUCCUCUGCCCGCUCUCUCCCUCUCAGCGGGAUUCUGGGUAAUGACUCUUUUUGGAGGAUAAUGGAGUGUGCAGUGGCCUCAUCGGGCUCUUCUCUGCAGAGGGGUGAUGGAGUGUCUCGCUGCUGGAGCUUUUGCCUGGAGGUCUUCUGCCUCAAGCGCAUGUCUGGCUAAGACAGAACGGGGAGCAGAUACCCCGAGCGAUUAGCAUCUGUACCAUCAAAGAGCUGCUGCCUCCGUUUUCUGCUGCUCACCCCUGGAGCGAAAAAUCUGUGUUGCAGCAGCUCGGCUGUUGAACUCCACUCUUAUUUGCAUAAUGGUUCAUGUAAUUGGGUUAUUUUUCACCAUUUUAAAACAACUUCACACCUAUUAAGCAGUUUUUGGGGAGAUUUUUUAAAAUUAGAGAAAUGAUGAAACACUGUCAAAUUUUGGUGGUACCAAAAUCACAAUAAGGUUGAACUUAUUUUUAAAAAUAUUUUCAUCAUUAUAGGCUCAAAACUCUGAUCAAUUGCUGCAUCCAAGCGGUAACUACAUAAUGCUUUGUCGUCUUGUAGUGCAGCAGGGUGUGUCAGCGUGUUGAUUUAAACAUGUUUUUGUGUAAGCUGUGUUUGGUUAUUCGAUCAGAACAGUGUGUAACCAGCUCAGGUAUGUAGAUGUUAACCUGCAAGGAGAACGGUAACACUUUACAAUAACCAUAAUUUAUAAAUGGUAAAUAGAUAGUUAAUUAAUAUAAGUUAAUAGUUACUUUACCAUGAACAAGCAAUGAAAUUAUCAUUAAUAGUUUUCAUUAAUUAUUAAUGGACUAUUUAUUAAGUUUAUAUAGGGUUUAAAUAUUGGUUGUAUAACAUGUAGAUUAAAAUGUGUGUCAGCAGCACUUUCUAAAUGGUUAAUAUUUGGUUUAUAAACCACCUAUAAAUAUUACUUAGAUAGUUAUUGUAAAGUUAGGUUUAGGUUUUUUAAAAUUGUAUAACUUACAAUUUAUUAAUGGUCUAAAUAUUAUAAUAAAGCUAUUAUAAGCUAUUAUAAAUGAUGAUUAACAUUGAUAAAUUAUCUGCUUACCAUUUAUAAGUUAUUGUUAUUGUAAAGUGUUUUCAGGAGAACACUUGGUGGUGCUAGCUCUUCAACUGUUAGCCAAAACUCUGCAAACCUGCAGACUGAGUCAACACGUCAGCUGUGUUGUUGUGUAAACAGUGUUGGGGCUCGACGGUGUGACCGUUUCACUCGUAUUUGUGACUAAAUAUAGAUGUGUGCAAAUUGUAAAAUAUUUUUAGGGUCACAUGUGCACAUAAAAAAAAAAUCUGCUGUCAAUGUCGGUGUUGAAUAAGGGACCGUCAAUAAAUUACCAGUUGAUGUUCUCAGAAAAGCCUGUUUUCCUUCAAUAGCUUCCUUAAAGACCUAAAAUUGAUAUCAAAUAAUAGUACUUAUGUCGACCAAUAAGACAAACAUUAUUUGAUCACUUUUCAUUGUGCCUUGACUUCCUUUAAAACAGCACUAAAAAACCCAGAGUUUAUCAGUGUUUCCCUAAACUUUAGUUUUUUUUUCUGUCCACACAACAACAGCUCAGAGACAUUUUCCAAAAACCUCCACCUGAGGAACUCUUUUCAGAAACCUCGUUUUUUAGUGACCUGAGUGGGUGGAAGGUCAAAAUAUUUUCAAAAGUGUCAGCUGAGUCUUUCAGUGGGACUUAGAUGUCUCCGUGUGUUUAAAAAGUCCAGUUUCAGUCGAAUAGUUAGUUCAUAUACGGUAACGUUCUGUUUUUAGCACAUUAGAUAAAUUGCUCUUAAUUGAGGAGGUGGUUUUCUGCGUCUUUUCUCACCUUCUGACUUUUCGGUUGUUUCGAGUUUAAAUGAGGCUCUUUGGGAUCCACUCCUCCUUAGUCCUGAAUUAAAACAGUUAAUAUUUCAAACAGCAACAAACCGAUUCCAGCCGCUGAUCUGAAUCAUAAAAACGGCGGGUCAUGACAAGCCUCCGUCCCUCUCCCUCCUGCCGGCCUCUCAGAGUCUGAACUGAAGCUGGAGUAGGUCACUGAGUCUGUGCUGAUGUUUCUUGUUCUUGGAAGAGGCAGCGAGGGAUUUGUGAGCCUCCGGCACAGAUUGACUCGUCUGUGAAGUGGCUGAAGGUGGAGGAGGGAGAGCAGGGGGAUGAGGUGAAACGGAAAAGACAGGUAAUUGUGUCUCUGGGGGUUUUGAGGUGGAUUUGUCUGAUCUGACAGAACAGGAAGGGAAAAAAAAAGAAAACGAAGAGAAAAGCUUCUCCUUCUCACUCUGCAGGAGGAGAGGAAACACAAGUAUUGACCCAAGGUGGUUCGAGUCGCCCUUUCUCAGAGGAUGAAUGGGCAGCUCUCUUCUUAUCUGACUUGCUGCUCUGCUGGUAAUACCAGCGUCUCCUCUGCUGCAAACAAAAGCAGCACAAUACAAGCCCUCUAUCGCUCCUCCUUCAUUCCCCAUCUUUGUUUGGAGAUAACACAUCUGAAAAAAAAGUGCAGCCUUCAUCCAGAAUAGAUAGGAGGGUUACACAAUUUUUAAAGUAGUACGACAACUGUUGAGUCAUCAGCUGCAAUCACAGGGCUCAGAACGGUUUGUGUCUUCAGCUCCUAACUCGGCAACUCAAUCGAUUUUCAUGUAACAUGUUGUUCAACUUCAGUUUUUUUUUGGGCAAACGUCACUUUACAACUUUCUCAAAACUUCAACUGAGAGGUUUUGUUUUCCCCUCAGCUCCUCCUCCCCCUCAAGCCCCGCCCACAAACAGACGCUCCUGCUCGCUCGUCUCGUUCCAAUUAAAUUCAGAUAUAAUGCAGAUAAAUCCUUCAGAUCAUUACAAAUGGGGCCCAGUCAAGGUGAAAGUCAAAAGCAUUGGUGCUACUGUAGAUGCCAACAGACUACCAGCAAACACAAUGUUUGCAGGACUUCUACAACGAGGAUAAAGUGACAUAGUCCAGGACCCGAGGGAGGACAGUUUAGCGAUGGCGCUACAACACGCUACAGCAGGUCCGUUUGACAAGAAACACUUCUGUUACAGACACUUGUCUUACUUUGUUAAAGCGGUUUACCUGUCCAGCAGAAAGGUUACAGGGUCACCAAGAUCCCCAAGCGUCCCCCAUCGUUUAUGUUGACCCGGCUUUUUAGCUCUUGUCCGGUCUACCUCCGUUUUAAGCGCCCGUUAUUCCUCCAGAGUCUCCGGUAUUUACUUUGUUUUCUUGCUUGUGUCGGCAGUCGUGGCCAAAGGAGGAUUCAGACAAUUUUCCGAACUUUCUGGUUGGUUUCUACUGUCCGAUAUUGUAGCACGCUAACUUUGUUUGGGCUCCUGCACGACACGGUGGAGCAGCGUCUGCCUCACAACCAAUCAGGUUAGAGGAGGCGGAGAACGGCUUUGUUUACAGUCAGAAAGAGCGGACCGCUCAAAAAUGUUCAAAUGUUGACGACACAGACAUAAGAGAACACAGAGAUAUCGAUAUAUUACCAAAUGUCAUCAAUAACUAAUAUUGACUGAUAUAAAAUGUUUUGACCUGUGUCUUAAAUCAGCUGUAAAUUACACUAAAAAAAAUUCUCUAUCAUCCAGUUUGGUUCUCAUCUCUAGGUCACCUUGUUCAGCUUCAUUAUCCAUGAAAAUAUUGAUUAUAAUAGUUUUUAUUGUGGUCCUCUGGGCCUAUUAUACCCCUCACACAGACAUGCCUGACGUUGUUUUUAGUCCAGCGAAAAAUAUGGAAAAAUAAGAAUUUCCUAAAUCUCACAUGAUUGGAAGAGGAUCUACCUGAUAGUGCACCUGUGUAUUAAGUUUAUGCUCUGAUUAUUAGAUAUUGAUCUAACCGGGUCAACAACGACCCUAACUCGACAAGUGCCAUAUCAUAAUAAAAGCAUUUAAUAAUUUAGUCAAUUUAAUUUUUUUAUUGGUAUUUUGUUGAAAUCGAGGUUCCUGACAAAGUCAAAAAGUCUUGAUGUAAAAAAAGCAGAUUUCAGUGUUUCUUUUAAGCAUUUAAAAUCAAAACCGGGUCGGUGCUGACCCUAACACAGGAGGAGGUUAAAUGUUGUUCAGCCUUGUAGUCGUCCAGUACCAAGUGGUCCAGUUUUGUGAACCUCGAUCUUGUCUGUGUUUGGCUCCGUUUGUGUGUAUUUGCCUCCUAACAUAUGCGUCUGUUUUUCUGCGACCGUGUGGAUCUUGGCUAAAACAUACACAGAAAAAAAUGAUAAACUAACAUCUGGAAAAAAAAAAAAAAUCAGCAGACUGAACAAACUGGGCAUUCACACCAGCUCUGGUGUUCAUUUAAAAACCGAGCAGACAGAAUGGAGAGAAAUCUGACAGGGACAGAAAAGAAAAGCUCCUGAAUCUCGGAGACAAACAAGACAGGUGACAGUAAUUGACUAAAAACGCGUCAAGGAAAUCUGACAGAGCUGAUCUUGCUCUUGAGUUCGCAGUACAUACCGAGGGAGAUGAGGACAGACUGGUGCAUGUUUGAGUCUGGAGAAGUUGGCAGCUGACAGUUUGGGAGCCAACAAAUUAAACCGAAACUUAGAGACGUAAACAAACCGCUGAAGUUCCUCCACAGGAAAGGAGGAGAGGCGGUGAAAAUCGCCUGCAGGUUCACAGAUUUUUGAAACAUAGAGCAUUCAAUGAUUUAGAGACGCUUUUAUUUAAUAGUAAUGGCUGAAAAAGAAGUGAAAUAAACACUUAGACCUUGUUAAUAUGUCAGUGAGUUUCUGGUUGGACACGGUCAGAACUGAGCUGUUGUUUCUAGACUGUAAACACCGACUGAAAACGUGCGUCUGCUCCAAGACUAAACGAAAUAGGAUGGUUCUGUCUCAUGAUUUCAUUUUGUCUUCACGAUUUUAGACAUUCAUCAUAAAUUGUAGGCUCUGCUGUAAUGCUGUUGGGAUUAUGUUCAGGUUGCUUUCAGUCAGAGGUAACACAGAGGACCCGAUGGCAUCCUCACCUCUUCUUUCAUUUCUUCUUUGCCGAAUUUUCCGAUGUGAAGCUAUGUCAGACCUUGAAGGUCGCUGGCAUUUUGUUCUGACUUUGCCGUCACCUAUUUCUGCAGAAAAAUCUUUCUCCCUGGCGCCGUAACACAGCCUCAGAAGAACAAAGCAGCUCCCACAAAGCACAGUGAGGUAACUGUGCAGGAGAGGUGACACCUCAGAGGUUAGCGCGGCAUUUCCCUCCAUUGUGUUUCAUUGUGGAGACCUUUUCAGGCCCAGGAGCAACGAGCAGGAUGCUUUCAGGAACCAGGGGGAGACGGCACAAAGGGGUGAGUUAGGAAGGAGGAUAUAAAACAAACAAAGCAUGAAUUAAAAAUGCAGAAAUAACAAAAAUAGAAGCGAAGAGGUGAAAAACAGACUGCAGGGUGAGCUUUAAUUAUUCAGCUGACGGUUCGCAGGUUUAGGUGGUAAAAUACCUAAUCCUUAAAAAGACAAAUGAGUCAGAGGUCCACUGUAUCAAAAAGAAUAUAAAAAAUAUAUCAAAAAGUACUAUCAUAUAUUAAAGGGAUAUUCCGGCGUAAAAUUAAUUUAGAGUCAAACAUCGUAACACCGAGUUAGACCCCCCCUCCAGAGAUGAAUGUUGUCGACCGCUUGCUUCUCUAGUUAUACCAACUUUAGUAACGACCGCAGGAUAGAAAUACAGAGAGCCACGUCCCCAACCAAAACGCCACUCUAUAGCCACAAAUAAUGCUCAGAACAGCACCUAACUUCAUCAACAGGACAUAUAGGGUCACAGACAUAGUACUAGACACCAAACAUCUUUUUAACUUUGACUCAUUUAUUUAGCAAAGAGACUAAACACAACUCACCUACUCUCUUCCAGCAGCCGCUUGUUUGUACAGACUACAGUGGGGUGUCACAGCUCAAGGAAGAACAUUUAUGAUAAUUUCUUUAUCAUUUCCUUGAAGUCAUAAUCACCAUAUUAAUCAUUUUUCUCUGCAGACGCGGUAGUUCUUCUGUCUUAGCGUCUCGGUCUGAUUGUAUUUCCAUGAAGAAAUGAUCAUAAAUGUUCUUCCUUGAGCUGCGGCACCCCGCUGUAGUCUGUAAUGGACUGGCCUGAGGUCUUUCUACGAACAAGCAGCUGCUGGAAGAGAGUAGGUGAGUUGUGUUUAGUCUCUUUGCUAAAGAAAUGAGUCAAAGUUAAAAAGAUGUUUGGUGUCUAGUACUAUGGUUGGGUGAUACAGUGUGUUUUACCCUAAAUUAAUUUUACGUUGGAAUAUCCCUUUAACUCUGUCUCUGUCCUUGGUGCUGAAACAGUGAACAGUCUUUUGAUUCUCUGUCUCCGUCCGUUGUGCUGAAACUCUCCUCCUUUUAUUCCCUUUGAACAUUUUUCAUUUGUUCAUGUCAUUUGUUUCCAGAAAUCCUCCAACCACACAGUGAAAAAGUCCUUUAAAAGAUCAAAGUGAAACCUGUGAUCUUUAUCUCCGCCCACAGAUGGAUCCUGUCACUGCGCUGUAACAUUAGACAAAUGGACCAUUACAAGCUAACAUGAAAGUUCAUUAGUGAUCACUCAUGCAGCUGAAAUCGUCCAUGUCUCUGUCACUCUCUAUGUGUACGAUGAGUGAAACGUCCUGAGGUCGGAGUUUCCACUGAGACCUGUCUCCUGUCUAAAUCCAUACUUGGUUAUUAAUGACUGACAAAUUAGUGCCGCACAGAACACGGGCUACAUGGCAAGUGGCGAAGCUCCUGUUGUGCUCUAUUAGCUAGUUUAUGCUGCACUCUGAAUAUUGAUGGAGGGGAAAAGUGCCCAGAGCAGAAAUUUGUUUGUGGCAGCGUGAAACCUGGUCCUCGUGAUAAUGGCCAUUAGGGAGGUAGCAGCAGAGCUCACAGCGGGGGAGACAGACAAAUGGUACCGAGAGCGGACUAUUGAUGGCUGUGUUUACUGUUUGUAUUUCUCCUUUUCUGCGCUAUUGAUGCCACUUACCUGUGCUCUUAUUGGACUGUUGAUGUUCUGGUUGAAAGUACAAAGUAUAAACCCACAGCGGGGGAGAUUCUUUGUGUAAAUGGAAGUGCUGUUAUUAAAUUGAACCCUGUUUGAGUGUUUAGUGGGGGUUAAAGGCUCUGGCACCCUCAGAGGUUUUUUAACCCUUAGAACUCCCAGCUAUAUUUAGCUAUUUUUGGUCCAAAAAUGAUGUAAAUUGAAUGUGACGGUAGAUUCAGAACCAUCAAAGUCAACCAAAAAACAAAAACAGAAAUUGAUCCCAACAGUACUUUGCUCAAAAAACACAUAAUUCUACAGUGACCAAGCCUUUUCUCACCUGCACAUCAUUCUCUCAAGUCUUGGCUAUCAGGAGAAGAAAUAUUGGGAUUGGAACAAACACACAACAGAAACUAUUGACAUAUUUACAUUAAUUCUUCCAGACGUUUUUGACUAUUUACAGUUAUUUAUGCCACUCCUUGAAGUUCCUGUCUGGGAUGAGACAGAGGACCACAUCAUACUGCUCAGAAUCUCUUCUUUGCUUGUUUCCAAACAUUGAGGACCUUUAUUGUUUUAUUUUGCAGACAGAGAACUUUCUUGUCUCUUGUUGAUCUUUGGUUGCCUCUUAUUCGACACUAUCGUCAAGGGAACGAUAGAAGAUUUACCAUCAAAUGUCUCUGAUCAAACACCUGUUUUUGUGGCUGGAUUGUAAACCUUGUGGCGGGUGUAGAAAUGUCUUGAAACCCUCGAUAGAUCGCCAAAAGGGUAAACUUUUGAACACUUUUCGUCUCAUAGAGAUACACGGUAUAGUUCCUAUGGAAACAAUAUUAAUGGUGUCACAUGGGAUCCCCAGGAAUCCAGUGGAGCUCUAAAUGUUAAAGUGUUUCAUGUAAAUUUUGAAGGACUGGUGAAGUGACUGACAGAAACCUCUCUGUUUGGAAAGGUUCAUGUCAUAAUUAAGUACUAAAAGAUGAUGUUUGGAGGUCACCUGAUUUAGUCAGUGCUCCUCUACAGACCUGGUUUAGCGACCCUCCUCCUCUGAAUGGGAACAGUUUUGACUGAGGUUGUUUCAGUGGUUUGAUUGUGACUUAAAGCUAGAAAAACAAAUAUGUAAAACCACAAGUAUUGUUGUACAACACAUAGCUGUGAAUUUAGAAUCUGUCGCCGCCGUUGCGGAUCAGAGCCGUUCCAGAUGCGGUGGAAAUCUUGGGUAACACAGACCUAUAUUUAGUGCUUAUUUGACUGUGAUCUCUCAAUCUAAUGAAAGCAGCCUUCUUUUAUGACACCUCAAAGUUUCAGUAAAAACAGAAAUCAUGUCUCUUUUCAAACCUGAAGUACAUUAAAGUUCAGCAUUUACAGUAAAAACAAACCAAAAACAGCUUUAAACUGACGGAUGACUCACAGUCCAGAGCAUCCUGAGACUCCUAAAUGUGAGGGCAGUACCCCUUUUUACUAACUUAUGUCUACCGUGAAUUAAAUGUGAGAAGUGACUUUCGUCUUACUUCUUUUCCGAGGUUUGGUUUGCUGUAGGAGAAGUCCCUAAAUCUGAAGGAAACUAGAGAAACCAAACAAUCUAGAUUCUAUAUAUUGAGACUCACGUCUUAAAGCUGCGUUACACCUACACAUUAAAAUCAAACUGAACUGGAAAUACAAACACAGUUGAAGUGGAAUUAAUUGAAUGGAAGUGAAUGUGCUUCUAUAGUUGGGAGGAAAUGGGUGUUCCACCAGAGCGCCAGGCUAAUGCGGUGUCCGCUCUCAUUUCCUGCGUGUUAGUAUUGAGCGAUUACGACAGCUUUUCUGGGAGUCCAAUUCCCCUGGCUGUUUGUUCCCUGCAAGGUCCUCUACAUCUGCUGGCACGGUCGCUUCAUUUUAGCUGAAAACACGAGGACGGACUCGCGCCUGCUGUCAGGUCCUGGUGUGACACGGGGGGAGCGAGCAAAGUCGAGAUAGGAGAGGAUUUGAACAGAUUUAAGAGCGACAGGAAGGAAGUGAAACCCCUGCUUGAAACAGGAGGACAGUAAAUACAUUUUUAUCCUUUUUUAAUGAAGUUAGUCACAAGAGCCCAGCACAAAGAAGGACCACCGGACAACUGAAACCAUGUGAAGCUGCUGUGUACUUUGCUGGAUCACCAGAGCUGAGACAGUCCCUAAUUCCUUCAUUACCCAGGAUUCCAUUAUUCCAUUAUAAAACAUUGUUUAUUGUGUUGCUGGUGGUCUUGUCAACUAUUUUGUAUCUUAAUCAGAUAUUAAUGGGAACAUCAAAUGUUGAGACUGAAAAAUGUUUUAGUUUCAUGAAGAUUUUACGCUUAUUUUAAAUCUAAUCCAGAUGUUAUUGCGGGGACAUCAGCUUUUCUUUACCCAACACCCUGUCAACAUUAGUGGACCCAGGAGACCAGUAUCUGGACAGUGAUAUGUUGUCCCAUCAGUGUCUGGUGUUGGAUGUUAGCUACUGAACAGUUCAGGCUCUCCUUGGUCCUGUUUUUGGUGCUUUGAAUGUUUUCAAUGUGGGACAAGUCAGGACCACAUCAGUCCGGGACUCCUCUCCUACAGAGCCAUGCUGUUGUAGUCCCUGUUGUCUGAGUGUUGGUUGUGAUCAUAUGAAGGUCCUCUCUGAAAAACUCUUUGUCUGGAUGUCAGCAGAUGUUGCUCCUAAACCUGGAGAUAUUGUUUAAAUCUGAUGAUGCAGCAUCUAUGAUUUCCAGUUCUUCGUUGGCGAAACGUCCCAAUUAAGUCCAGUUGUCUUUUCCAAAAGAAUAUUAGAUUUUGAUUCAUCAGACCUCAGGACAGUUCAAACCUGUAUCCUCGCUCUGUAUAUGUGCAAAGACAUAAAUCAUGCAGAUGUUCCAGUAAAGAUCUUUAUUUCAGACUCUUCACUCUCACGCUUCCAUGGUCUUCCUCGGCGUCUUCCUCGGCGUCUGCCUCGGCUGCGUUAUGCCGUCUGCUAACAUAACAGACUGGUUAAUAGCGCUCCACGCAAUCAGACGUGUCGUUUGUGUUAACAUUAUUUCACUAAUUGUAUCCUCCCUUAGAGCUAAUUACUUUACUGAUGCGCUGUGAUCCCAUAAUAUCUGCAGUCACUGAAAGUCGUUUCCAAAGCGGAGAGGAUUUCAUAAAUGACUGCUUUUGCAUUUUAAUGCUGAGGAGGUUGGAAUAGCUUAUGGUGAUGAGGGUUUAAAUUUGUGCGCAUGUGUGUGUGUGUGUGUGCAUGUGUGUGUUUAAUGUUAGUGACAUUUUCAAGCACCAUCCCAAUAAAAAAAACAGAUUGUCUUUUCCUUUGUGUAAACUCCCAGCUGUCAUGGAGACUUUGGCGGACAGCCUUGAGGAAAAUGACGAAGAUGGAAAUCUGUUUUUUUUCUUCAAGAAUCUGUUUUUAUUUUUAGACGAUGAGCUCUGCCUUUGAGAGGAGCACAGAUCUGCAGUCAUAGAUGUUUAAGGAAGUGUCAGCUGCUCAGCUCCACAUAGAUAUACAUCACUCCCUCUCUGGUUCAUGCACUUCUUUUUAAUCCCUAGUUCUGCUCCUCCUUACGCUCAGGCGUGCUGAUGUAAAGGUACCAUAUGUGUGAUCAGGUCAAAGUUUUGUUUCUUUAUGGAUGAAUUUUGUGAGUUUGUGCAGGUUAUGAAAUAAUGAAACGGUGACUCAUCUGUCGGAUGAUGUUGAUUCAAAGCAGAGAUGUCAGUUGUGUUAUUUUAAUUAGAGUUAAUUGUUAAACUCCAGAGUUGGUUUGUCCAGAGGGAGGGGCUGAGCGAAGAAAAGCUUCUGGUCAUCAUGGUUAACGAGUUCUUCCUCCAGUCUGAGAAACAAAGACUGAAGAGAUCUCAUGUCUGAAAAGUGUUUUGAUUUUAUUUUAAUGUCACGUCUGACUUUGUUUUCAGGAUUUGAGACCUCUAUCUGAGAAUUUAGAUGAAAGUCAGACUUCUGAAUAAAAAGAAAUCAAACUCUUUUAUAAAAGUCUUUUUCUGUGAGAUGGAAUUAAAUUCAGAAUUCAGAGUUUUAGAUUAAAAACAAAACAAAAAAAAGUCUGAAUUCUGAAGACGGAAGUAAUAAAAUUGGAAAUUAUUCAGAACUUUUAGAUUUUUUCCCCCUCAUGCUCCUGAGAUUAAACCAUAGACUGUAUAUACUAUGGACAACUUAGCUCCAGCCGAUAUGCUCUCAGUAAUUCCACGUUUUUUCUCGCCCUGAUGACACUCGGCUCAAACGGCGUAUCCCCUGAUUGAUCUACACAAUCUUCGUACUCCCAUAGGCUGUAUCAGGUGUCAAUCAUAGAAAACAUUAACCCCCUGAUAACUUUUAAAAAUGGAGCUGCACAGAAAAAAAGAGAACUUGAGCACAAACCAGUCUGACAGUAACUACAUGUCAACAUCACAACCAGGGGGGAAAAACAUUUAUAUUCUGUGUCAUUAAUUUAUAAAGUUUGUCCACAGCUCCAUAAGGAUUGCUGGAGGAGGCGGGAUUUAUGACUUAUACUGCAGCCCGUCACCAGAGGGUGCUGUUCUCGGGGUGGCUUUACUUAGCCAGGAGGCAGAUGGCGUCUAUUCUAUAUACAGUCUAUGGAUUAAACGCAGAUAUUUGAAUUAAAUUUUAAAAUGCUGUCUAGCUUCUUACCUGUAUUUUUGUUUUCUGAGAAAUAAAUAAAAAAAAUAAAAAAUUCAGACUUCUAUCAAAUUUUUUCUAUCACUGGCGUUUAAUAAAGAAGAAUAAAAAAAAAAAUGACAGUAAUAAAAAUGGGGUUUAGAGGGGGUUUGUGGUCUUUCUGCUGGUCUACCAAGUCUGUUUUCAGGAGGGUCUGUCCGAGUUUUUACUGAGUCAGCUGUUUCAGCUCCUGAAGUUCAGUCUUGAACCGAAAACAUCCAGGAUCUGUACUGAGCGCGUUGUUCCGUAUUUGCUCCGUAGAGCAGCAUUGGGUCUCAUACAGGAUCAGCGUAUUUGGAGUGUAGCAGCGGCGUAGUGAAGUGGGAGUGAGCAGCAAAAAUCGACUCGGUGCAUAUCUUUCGCAGAGCUGCCCUCAAUAUGAUGCUGCGGCGGAGCUGAUCGGCAUUCUGUAUGUUGUCGCCUUUACCCCAGUUAACUUAAGGUGGAUUCAGAUAUUAGUAUAUUCUCGCAGUAUGUGAAAAAGAUGCUGAUCAAGGUUUCAGAUGUCCCGUUAACUGACGGUCCAAUCAGGUUAAAAAUUCUCGUUCUUUUUUCUCCGUCAGGGAUUGAACCAGGUGAGGAGAGAAGCUCAGCUGGGAUCAGACGGAGUGUGGCGGGUGGACUGGCACGACUACGAGGCGAUGCGGAGAGACGCCGCCCGAUCAGGUGGGUCCAGACUUUUCUGCUGAGCGUGCAGAUUUGUUUGGAGAUGAUCUGCUCUGUAUCUCACACACACACACACACACACACUUUGUAAAGUGGGUCUCGUCUCGGUCUAAUUCCUUCUGAGUGCGUCGGUCCCUCAGAAGGGUGUAAAUCAAUGCUGUGAGUUAAGUUCUCAGUUCAUAAUUAAACACAGUUAAUCUUCUACAAUAAGCAUCGAUUCAGCCGACGGGCCUUGAGAGAGAAAAACACCUUUGGCUUUUUAUCAGGAAUGUUGGGGUUUAAGGGGCUUUUAUGUGGUAUUAUGUGCUGCUUUAGUGCUAAACGAGCCUGAUGAGAGAUCACGCAGAAGACUUAGUGGACAUAACAAAAGGUUCCUGGGCUCAUUAACCGAGCUGAAAGCAAAAUAAGCAUCAAUUAUUACAGCGGGAGGAGAUACAUUUUUAACUGAUCUCAUCCCCGCUCGAUAAUAAGAGUCUGCAGCUCAGAGUUUUUACUUUUCUCAGAUAAAAACGCUUGUCUUUAAAUUUGACUCCAGAUAAGUGGUUUUGGUUUAGACCUGGUCCUGCUCCUGAACCUGAAUUACAGUUUCUUUCAGUCACUAACAAGCAUUUGUCCAAAACUCUGAACACAAGGAUCACAGCAUCGGUCUUCUGUGGCCAUAACAUUUACACAUUUAAUGUCGUUUUCACUCGAUAUGCAGUCAGGGAACACAUUUUCACAUUUCUUCCUUUUUCUUAACAGACAAGCUGUAGGCAGGUGUCUGUGCAACGUCAUCGCAGGUAUGUGCGCGCAGCCUUGGAGCAGAGAGCGGGACAUUUCUUGUUUGUUUACUUGCGCAGUCAUGGAAGUCAUGACAGAGACAUGGCCUGACACUGAGACAUUACAUGAGGAAAGAGCGACCUUUAGGAAACACUGGAGAUAAAAAUAAAGAUAAAAAUGGUGAAAAGAGUAAAACGUGAUGGACUUAAAAUAAGAAAAUAAUAAUAUUAAAUGAAAAAAUAAAUAAAACGGGUAAAAGAAGUAAAAACUUGCGACAGGAAAUUAAAAAAGGCUAAGAACAGAGAUAAUGAACAGAAUGAACUUUCAUUAAAAUGAACAUUUGCAGUAAGAAAAGUCUCAAAUGGCAGUCAGUAAAAAGCCUGGUUAAAAAAGUGAGUCUGGAGCCUCUUCUUAAAAAUAUCAACAGAAUAAUUUCAUUUUGAGUCAUUUUUCCAGUGUUUUGGUAAAGUCAGUCUGUGCAGAGAAAUGAAGAGUUAGUAUAUAUUUAACAAAAUCAUCCAUUUGUAGGUGUGAGUCUGAGAAUGGGUUAAAAACUGUGAUCCAGUAUCUGAGUUUGGCCUCCUGUCCCUGGUGUCUGCAGGGCGCUCUCAUUUGGCUCCUCCUCAGAUUCAUCAGCCUCCACGCGUGCGUCUGAGCGUGUUUGCGUACGGCGCGUUGAUGAGCGGCUAAUGAAACGUGCAGCACGCUGUAAUGUGAUGCGCUCCUGAAACGAGCGGAGAUCCCUCACUGUUGGUGGAGCGCAGGCUUGUUUGAGAGUCAUUAGAGUCACGCUCGUGUGUACAUGCUAUUUAUCUGGCCUCAGUGUAAUAUACGUCCAAUAUCAUAUACGCGAGGUGAGAAUUGAUUGUUUGGUGCCUGCACUGAGACGAUUAGUUAAUUAAUCAAUAACUCAACUGGGUGAAAACUAAUGAGUAAAUAUCUGAUUUUCUCCUCCUUCAGCUGAUUCUUCCUCCAUAAUGUAAUUCCUCGACGAACUGCAGGGUCAAAAAAAAAAAAAAACAGCUGUAAUGAUAUAAAAUUCACUGAGCGUGUCUGACCUCAUAAACAUGUCUGCGUUGAAUCUCAUUGGUAGUCAGCUGCAGUGUGUGUUUUCACCGACCUGUUCGUGUGUGUGUUUGUUUGUUGCAGGUAACGGCGAGCAGGGGAAGCCGUUUUCUCUCAGCGAACCGGAUCUGGCGGACCAGGCCUACAGAGAGAACGGUUUCAACAUUUACGUCAGCGACCGCAUCUCCCUCAACCGCUCCCUCCCUGACAUCCGCCACGCAAAGUGAGUCCAGAGACAUCAGCUGGGUGUUUGAUUAAAAGGGAAUUAAUUGGCUGGCUGCUGAAACUCCUCCCUCUUUUAUGUGGUUAAUACUUUGGUUUCCCUCUCACUAGGGCUGCACAAUUAAUUGAUUUUUAAUCCUAAUUGGAUUAUUUGAUUAUGAGGAUGUUAAAAAACUAAAAUCCUCAGAUCGAUUUUCCUCUCCAUCAUGUCUCGUGCCUCCAGGCCACCGUGGUUUUCAGUCUUUUGCUUCAAACUCUUGACUCGGGUUCUCUCACCUCGCUGGUGAAAAUCCAGAACCAAAGAUGAGGACACGUUUUGAUAUUUGAACUUUUCAUUCAGACAUUUUGAAUACUUUAUAAUUCGAACAGACAGCCAUGAAAAUAUUUUCACAGUAAAGGAAAAACAGUGAGUGACCUCCUGCUUUGACAUGUUAAAGACUUGAAUCUCCGGCUCGGUGAAGCUGUGUGUGUUUCUUGUCUCUCGGCUGCUGCAGCAGAAAAAUAAAGACUCAAAAGUUUUAGAAAUUCUCCUCAGAAGUUGUCAAGACUACAGUGACCUGUGGUCCUCUUUUCAAUCCAGAAGUAGAUGGUGAAAGGCCUUUAAUCACAGCUUUCCCUCUGUUUGACAAGACCUUUCCUCUGACACUUGACCUUCUCGCUUCUUUCAUGUGGAAAGCAGCUUUGAGUAUUUCCUUUCUGCCUGCAUCCUCGCAGUGACUGAUUCUUUUAUCAAAGCUUAUAAAGUAGGCUUUUCAUGACCUACACAUUUCCAGCCAUGACAGCUACUCAGGAAUAAAUUCAACAUCGAAAAACAGAAGCUGGAAAAUGUCAGACCAGAGGUCGACUGAUGGAGCCGCAGCUGAGAAUCGGAAUCCUGCGGACAGACCUUUAUGUAACAUGCAAACCUUAGAGAGAUGUAUGCUGGAUGUGAGGGUUCAAUAUUUUAAUUAGACCUUUUUAAUUUAAUUCAAAGACACUUUUAGGGUCAUCUGAGCGGUUGUUCGGCCGCCUGAAUGUCGUCCGCAUAAAUGUUCCUGCUGCGUUCAGAGAUGAGCAGGAAUUCUCUCUCAUUUAAGAUCUGACCUUCAGCGACCCUGAAGGUCAAUGACACGGGUAUUUCAGGAGUAUUUACAAAUUAAUAAAACACAAACAUCUCCACAUGAACAUGGAAUUUAUUUAGAAAAGGUUUCAUAGCUAUUCCAGUUUCAUGUUUUGUAAAACUGUUUGUGUCUAGGGGUGUCCUGAUACGAUAUUGAUAUCGGAUAUUGAAUAUUGGUCUGAUAUCAGCAAAAAAAUGAAAAAAAUCUCUGAUAUCAGCAGUCCAUUCCAGACUCCGCUCCAGCACCUCUAUCUAGCCGAGCGUGCAGAGCCCACAUGAUCACAACAACAGUGUGUAGCAGUGUGAGCAUCUUUUUCUGUGGUGUUUACACAAAAAACUAUUGAUAUCAGUCAAUACUUAUUAGUUAUUGAUGACAUUUGGUAAUAUAUCGAUAUCUCUGUGUUCUCUUAUGUCUGUGUCGUCAACAUUUGAACAUUUUGUAGUCUGUUGGCAUCUACAGUAGCACCAAUGCUGUUGACUUUCACCUUGACUGGGCCCCAUUUGUAAUGAUCUGAAGGAUUUAUCUGCAUUAUAUCUGAAUUUAAUUGGAACGAUACGAGCGAGCAGGAGCGUCUGUUUGUGGGCGGGGCUUGAGGGGAGAGGAGGAGCUGAGGGGAAAACUGGUUGGGAGGGGUAGAGUUUACGUUCAAGAUUUCUCCUAAAAACUGGAACUAACUCAGAUCCUGACUACAACACCUUUAAUCCAGACCUCAGCUGAAGCAGGAACGCAGCCUGAUAUCUGUCAGCAGGAUAGAGUGUUAAAUAAAUGAGUGGUAUUACGUCUAAAUUUAGACCCUGUGGCCGCCACACUCUUGUCAUUCUCCUGUGACCAAUCAGACUGACACACCUGCUCUCCUCUCUCUCUCUCUUACCCAAACGCCCCGUAGGCAGCAGCUGGUGAUUGGCACGUCCUCUGUACCUCAGAGGCAGCCAGCCCGUGACAGACGACUGACACAUUCGAUUUCUGCACGCUCACAAUUUGAUUGAAGCGCACGUGCGCAGAAACACACACUCGGGCAUAAGCACACCUGCAGCCUCCUCUGAAUCGGACCGGGUUUGUUAAGAGUAACCGGGCCUGUCCGUCACUCUGCCCGCCUGUUUCCCGGCGCUCAUAUUUGAAUGUGUAACACGCAGGCUGACGUUCAACACAGACAUCGAUCGUCUGACACAGCUCACUACACACUCUCUCCCUCUCCCCGCCAGCGAGGGAACAGAACUCUCUGCCCAUGAUUAGCUGCUCGGCGAGGGUCCUGCCGCUCGCUGUGAUGAUCAUGUACAAGGUGAACGCUGUAACCCGUCAUCAGAGCGCACGCUGGCGGCUGAUAACAGCUGUAUAUGCUGAAAGUCAUAAUAUUACAUCUGCCUGGGAUUUAGGAAACUGGAUUCAGAGGCUUGAGUGUGGACUGAGCUGAAUUCAGCAGCUGAGGGAUGAAUUAUUAAAAAGUGCCGUAUUCCUCUGUCCAAAUAGAAAAUACAGGAGUCCUUUAAUAAUGGAGAAUCUCCCUCUAAGAAAACAGACGGAAUCAGCCUUUAAACGGACAGAUACUCCUCAGAGUGAAGCAGCUGCAUCAUCAUUAAAGCUCUCAAUAAUUAUUAGCUGUUAUUUUCUGAAGUUUAAUAUUUGAUCACCAUGAAUUUCAUGUUUUUAAAUCCUAUAUUAACAACAUAAAGACAUUCUCUUGAGUAUUUUUCAUUUGGAAAUCGAAAAGUACUUUAUGAUUUUGCACCAUGCUGCACCAAAAACCACAUUUUAAAGGAUCAGGAUACAGAAGCCUCAGUUUAGUUUCUUUCUCUGUCACCGUGCUCGGCUCUAACUCGCCAUUACAGUCUUUGAAGGUUAUUCAGAAGUGCAUUAACGGGGUUAUUUUCCAUCAUGGCAGCAGAGGAAGUGAUGGCUCAAUUAUGGUGCUCCAAAAGGGACAAAAAAGCAUCAAGUUACAAAAGUUGAUGUAUUCAUUUUCACACAUUAAUCAUGCUGUGAUCGGCACCGUAUGUCAUAUGUUUUGUUAUUUGACUGUAUUUCCUCGUGUUCCUGUUCCCCUGUCAUCCAGUCUUGUGAGUCUUCAGUUUGUCUUUGACUCUGUUUCCUCUCCUCUUCUCAGUAUUUUAUUCUUUAGAUCGGUUUUCAGUGUUUAUUUCCUGUUUUAUUUUGUAGGAGUCGAUUGAUACUUAUGACUAAGCCUGUGAGAUUUGGCAAAAAAAUGAUCACAAUAUAUCUUGUCGUAUCGUCCGAUCUCGAUUAUUAUCACAACUCAUUUUUUUUUAAACUGGCAGUUUUAAAGCAUCUGAACUAAAAACUCAAGAAACUCGAGAUUAGUUCAAGAUUUUAUUAACAUACAAAUUAAAUAACAGAGAAAACUGACGAAGAUAAACUUAGAAACAUAUAAAAUAAACAUUUUAACUCAACAGAACAACAAAUGUAGAUCAAUACUAAAUAAUAUAGUGAUAGUUUACAGUUCUGAGUGUUUCUGCAGGAAUGAUAGUCAUGUCGUCUAUUGAAUAGAAAAGGGAAGUGGUUUCAGAGUCGACUGCGUGUGGAUUUUAUUCAUCAGUGUGAUACUUCAGUCUGAACAGGUUUCUGAACAAAAGAUCUUAAUGAAGUCCUUUCUUCUAAACUUCUUCUUCUGUUUGUUUCUCCUGCAGCUGUAAAAAGAAGCUCUACGCAGAGAAGCUCCCCGUCACCAGCAUCAUCAUCCCGUUUCACAACGAGGGCUGGUCGUCUCUGCUGAGGACGGUCCACAGCGUGCUCAACCGCUCUCCUCCGCAGCUCAUCGCAGAGAUCAUCCUGGUGGACGACUUCAGCGACAAAGGUACCGAGGACACUCACCUGCUCGUCCGUCCUUUAGCUUACCCAGAAGUCUUCUUGUCCAAACUCUGGUGUAUUUUGUGUCUUUUCGCAUCAUGGUUGUUUUGAGGUUAAGGUUAAGGUGACCUUUGAAAUAUGAGCGAUAAUCCCCGCCACUUCCCAUCCAAGGUGAGGGUCUGACCGUGGUCCAGGAACAGGUCCAGCUGUGCUAAAUGUUGAAGAGGCUGAGGGCCAAAGUGAUCCAUGAGAAGAGGACACAAAAAGAGACAGACAGGGCUUCAGAUCAGAGAGGGAGAUCAGCUGAUUUAGUGUCACUGAGCAGUGAGUGGGUGGGCUGUAAAAGCAGAAAGACCCACGAAUGGGCAGGAUGAAGACCGGGACCCUUAAAGUCCCACUCUGAUCGUUUUUUACUACUCUAAGUGUUCUCAGUGGUCUUUAAAUUGUGAUUAUGAACUUUUCAGCCAUAAUCAUGUUACCUGUUUAAUUUUUACAGGCUUUUCUUUUGCAGAGCUCAAGUAGCUCAUUAGCAAUUCGCCCAACAUUGUCGAUGUAGUAGAAGAAGCAGGUAACAUAGGAGCUCUUCAGCUCUCGGACGCUAAGGUCUUUGGGGACACGAUGAAAGUUAACAUCAUAAUUAGCUUUCUUACGAGCAUUACAAACCGCUGACGCACACGCUUGUUCUGCGAUCAUCCUCUCUACUUCUUCGAGUCCGGCCUGCACGGCGGGGCUCAGGGGGCGGAGCUUGGAAUUGUGACAUAGGAAAUCUCACUGUUUCUGAACUUGCUGUUUGAGCCUGCCAGAGAUUUAUUGUGAUUUGACUCAGAAAUGCAAAUUUGCACCUUUUUUCCUCCUGAUAUGUCCUGUAGCAUCAGAAAAAUGAACAUAUGAACAUGUAGACGACAAGAAAAACAUGAUUUUCACCGGAGUGGGUCUUAAAAGUUAUAAAUGAUCAGGUUUGAGGUGUUUUCCUUGUUAUUAGGUUCACAAUAGAGGAACAGAACUGAGAUGUGUCGGCCUGAGUUCAUCUCAGCAGGAAGUCUGAAACCUGCUGUGUAAACAGUAACACCCCUGUUCACAGGUGCACUUGGCAUGAAUGCAGGGAUUAGUUUGAUUCAUAUUGUGCCAAAAACAACAUGUCUGUGAAUAAUUCGAUUCAGACUCUUUGUAUUAUGUAUCCCCCAGUUUAGAUGGUUCAGAUCGGUCUCUUCAGAUUUGCACAUUUUUGGAUCUUCUCAUGUUUCUGCAGAUCGUCAAACAACAAUAAUAAACCCAUAGAAGCUGUGCAGACAGUUUCUUUAUGUAUACAUAUUAUUAUUUUACAUUGAAAGCAUAUUUUUCAUGUUAUACAGGAUAUUUAUGAGCACAUCUACUAGUUUGAAUGAUUGUAUUUGUUACUCUAUUGGAUCCAUAAACACAAACAUCAGCAUCAAAACAGCAGAGGAGCGUCGACUGAGAGCAGAAAAUCAUCAAAAAGAGAAAACGCUCGUUUCCAUUCGCUCCUUUUCCUGCAAACAACUUUCCUUUGUUGAACAGCUUUGUGUAACUGUGUGUGUAUCUGUGUGUGUGUGUGUGUGUACCUGUCUGCAUGUAAUUUCCUCUCUCACUCUCCCUUCAGCGGCCCUCUUAAGAAAGCGUUUAAUUCCUUGUUAAUUAGUGCUCUCUGUCACGGUCCCUCGUUGAAGGAUGUGUUUACCUGUCGUCUCGGCGGUAAUGAGAUGUUUCGCUGCCUCAGACUCAUUUAGAGGUUAACACCCAUCAGAGCUCACAGACCCAACCCUCCCACCACCGCCGCCGCCGCCGCUGCUGCUGCUGAGUGAACCGCAGAGAAAAAUGCUUAAAGGACCAAUAACCUCCUUCGAUUUCAGACGAAUGAGCAACAAAACGCUUUUGAUUUCAACAGAGAGUCGUUUCUAUCUGUCAGAUUUGAUCUUUAUAUGUGAAAUCACACCAGACUGCACUUUAGUUUGUGUUUCAUAUCAGUUUUUGGUGAGUCGGUCUGUUUCUUUCUCAGUAUCUUUGUGUUUAUUUAUGACACUUUAGGGUGAAAAUCUCAGUGUCUGUCGAACUUCCAAAAUCUGAUCCAGUGCGGCUGCAGUCGGGCUAACGUGUUUUUUAGAGGCCAGUUUGAAAAUUAAGUCAUAAAUCAUUUCUCUGAACAACAUGAAAACCUGCUGAGUGUACAAAGAAAUCAAUGAGUCAAAAAUCAAUCUUUAAAACAGACUUUAAUUUUGAGGAAAGACUGCAAACACUUUUUCUUGGCUGUUGCAGACAGCCUCAAGUGGCCGCUCCAGGUACUGCAGUUUUUGUGACGACUUACUCGUAUUUUCUGCACCUAAAGGAUCUUUUUGAGUCUGAAGAUUUGCAAAUCUUUCCAGAGCUGAAGAGAAUUUUUGACUUGAUUAAAGUCGAUUAGCACUAAUUUGGGAUUUGUGUUAAAAUCACUCACCGCAGACACGGCUGUGGAGCUGUCUAAUUAUUUCACUGUGUGGUUUAUUUGUUGCAAUAACACUCACAUCCUGCUGUGGAUAUCUGAUGAGUUAUAGAGACAGACAUCGUUUUUGUCGCCGUUUCCACAACAUACAGCAGAGUCUUUCCUGUUUCUCAGUGUCACGAAAUUUCUGAACAUCCUGAUAAACUAGACGCAGGAGUUGCACGCUCCAGCUGACACAUUAAAGGUGGGGUAGACCAGAUUUCGUUAAAGACGCGUAUGUUUUUGUGGUGUAUUUACAAAAAAUCUUCUAAAAUCAGUCAAUAGUUAUUAGUUAUCGAUGACAUUUGGUAAUAUAUCGAUAUCUCUGUGUUCUCUUAUGUCUGUGUCGUCAACAUUUGAACAUUUUUGAGCGGUCCGCUCUUUCUGACUGUAAACAAAGCCGUUCUCCACCUCCUCUAACCUGAUUGGUUGUGAGGCAGACGCUGCUCCCCCGUGUCGUUCAGGAGCCCAAACAAAGUUAGCGUGCUACAAUAUCGGACAGUAGAAACCAACCAGAAAGUUCGGAAAAUUGUCUGAAUCCUCCUUUGGCCACGACUGCCGACACAAGCAAGAAAACACUCAAACCUAAACAGUCAGCAAGAAAACAGUCAGCAAAAAAACAGUCAGCAAGAAAACAGUCAACAAAAAACAGCGAAAAAGAAAACAGUCAACCAUAAUCAGUCAACAAGAAAACAGUCAACAAGAAAACAGUCAACAAGAUAACAGUCAACAAGAAAACAGUCAACAAGAAAACAGUCAACAAGAAAACAGUCAACAAGAAAACAGUCAACAAGAAAACAGUCAGCAAAAUCAGUCAACAAGAAAACAGUCAGCAAAAAACAGUCAACCAUAAACAGUCAACACCAAAACAGUCAGCAAAAAACAGUCAGCAAGAAAACAGUCAACAAGAAAACAGUCAGCAAGAAAACAGUCAACAAAAAAACAGUCAACAAGAAAAUGCUGCUCCCCAGUGUCGUUCAGGAGCCCAAACAAAGUUAGCUUGCUACAAUAUCGGACAGUAGAAACCAACCAGAAAGUUCGGAAAAUUGUCUGAAUCCUCCUUUGGCCACGACUGCCGACACAAGCAAGAAAACAAAGUAAAUACCGGAGACUCUGGAGGAAUAACGGGCGCUUAAAACGGAGGUAGACCGGACAAGAGCUAAAAAGCCGGGUCAACAUAAACGAUGGGGGACGCUUGGGGACCUUGGUGACCCUGUAACCUUUCUGCUGGACAGGUAAACAAACUUACCAGCUCGUGAACACUCGCUCAGAUCCGUCUGUGCUGCUGAGCAGGGGAGUGUCCAGACUUUUGGACUGGGGUGCAGCUCCGUAAAAACACCCGGAGCUCAGUUCAGUCUGGACCCUGUGUGGUCAGGAUGGAUGGAGGAACACUGCAGAGGUCCAGGUGAGGAUUUGACCUCUGCAGACGGUCUGCUCUGGCUCCUCGCUCUCUGACACGGUCGUUUGAUAAGAAAUGAGCCCAGCUUUAAUUAAGGCUUAAGAGACACAGAGACAAAGUGAACUUCAAUACGUCCUGGUCUCUGCUUGAAAAGCUGGCGAUACAAAGUCAGAGAGAACGAUCCGGGACUGUUUCUGAGCAGAAAACCACAAAUCAAUACUCGGCAUCGAACCCCUGCAUAAUGAAUCAGGGAGCGAGCGAGAGAGCGAGAGAGAGAGAGAGAGAGAGAGAGAGAGAGAGAGAGAGAGAGAGAGAGAGAGAGAGAGAAAGAGAGAGAGAGAGAGAGAGUCAUUAUAAAGCAUGAAAGUUAAAGUCCAGAGAUUAAUCUGUGAUUUAUACAUUCAUUCGUGGAGCUGAGGAGUCGUUUCAUCAAAGACGGAUUCAUCUGCAGCUGUGUUGUUGGAUGUCUGACCUGUCGAACCACAUCAGCCACCGCCAUCACGCCAUAAAUCCUCAGGAAGUCAUUAGCUCCAUCUGUACACUCAACCUGGCGGGCUGCCGUUUAUGUCAUCUGCAAAAAUGAAUAGUUGAGGAGGGCCGGACACACUAAAAGAGGACCCGGCCCUCCUCAUAUGAGGCUCUGAUCGUACGGUUACAAAUGAAGACCCCACGCUCUGAGUGGAGAAAUAAGUUUGACCAAUUAUGACAAGAAUCAAGUAUAAAAGUCAGUAAUCCAGCAAAAUGAAAACCAAUUAAUGUUGGCAGAAAAUUAGAUUAACAGAAACUGUAAUGAACGCUAAUCAUGCUAACAUCAUGCUAAAAUCACUGUGCAUCUGUAAACUAAUAAUAAUAAUAAUAAUAAUAGAUUUUAUUUAUUACGCACUUUACAUUUAAAAACAAAUCUCAAAGUGCACAAGACAACAGUAAUAGUAAACUGACUAAAGAGUAACAACCGCCGUACCACCAAAAAGUGUGCAGACCUGAUCUUUUAGUCACCGAUGGAGUCAAGAUGAAAUUUUAACGGAAUUAAUAACCUCUAACUCUCUUUUUCUCCCCACUUCCUGAUGCUCGAUUGUUUUAUUGUGAUUUGACGUGCUGGAGAUGUACGAAGCACAGGAAAAGUGUAUUAGAGACAGCCUCCAGUGGCUGCUCUAGGUACUGCGUUUUUUGCGACUCCUCUUCUCACCUCUUUUUCUCAAAAUUCGAUGUUCGUUUUUUUUGCGCCUAAAAGAUCUUCUUGAGUCGGAAGCUUUGUAAGACUCUCCAGAGCUGAAGAGGUUUUUUGACUUUCUGUCAGCGAACUUUGAUUAAAGUCGGUUUGCGCUGAUUUAAGUUCAGGAAACAGACCUGUGUUUAUAUCUCUUUGUUGCAAUAACGCUCAUGUCCUGCUGUGGAUAUUUGACUAGAUUCGGAGAAAGACGUCGUUUUUGUCGCUGUUUCCAUGUUUCGCAUGUUUUCGAGUCUUUCCUGUCUGUCAGUGUUAUGAAAUUUCUGAUAAACUAGACACAGGGGGGUUUCAUUUGUGCACGCUCCAGCUGACACAUUAAUCCUCUGGCCAGUACAGAAGUCACCCUUUUUCUCCCUUCUUCCUGAUGCUCUACUGUUUAUUAUGAUUCGACGUGCUGGAGAUGUACGAAGCACAGGAAAAGUCUGCGCCCUGAAGAGGUUAAGACUCCGCACGUCUAAAAAUCAUAAAACUGGAAAUAUUUCUCAGCACGCUUAAUGAGGAAAGUCUGAGCAAGCAUGCAAACAUGAAGUAUGAAAGAGAGCGGCCGAGCAUGUGCAGAAUUAAUGAUCAGGGAAACCUAAAGGUUUACUCUGCAGCCGCUGACAGAGCUGCAGGAUUAAAGAGUGGAGUACAGUAAAAGUCGAUUCACACAUGAAUGCAAACUCGGCACAACCUUUCGGCCCUGUUGUUCUCAGCUGUAUGUAAAUACGAUCUUCACUGAGAGCUCCGAUAGAAAAGAUUAUCAGCCGACCAUGAGCUCAUCUGCAUUCAAGUCACAAAACACCAUCAGUCUGUGUGAGUCAUUAGAGCCCAGCCCACCUCCACGACAGCACACAGACACUCAGAGAAAAUCUGUUCUGCUGACUCUGAGUGACCUCCCUCUGCUGCUCCCUCGGCCUCCACAGAGCCCACAGUCACACCCACGUCCUGUUAUAUCACUUUGAACUCUCCAUUAUUCACCAGGGCCGCCUGUAAGACUCGUCCUGAGGGCCACAGGGAGGGAGGUUAUUUAAGGACAUUGGAAAGAUAGUCUUAAAGUCCUGGUUGCCGAUCUGAGAAGCAUCGCCCUCCCCACGACACACCCUCUCUAGCAGAGUAAGACGCCGGCCGGCAGAAGAUCCUACGCUAGCUUCAAACAGGAUUCACCAUGUCGGAUUGUUAGUGACUAGCGGCAGUAAACGCCAGCUCUGCUAGCGAGCGCCGUCUGCAGCUGCCUGGACAGCUACCAUGUUGACAUGUCAGAGACUAAUCAGAGUUAUUUAUGUAACAUGAGCCACGAUAAAAGGAGAUAAAAAUGACCUGUUCAACUAAAACUCUGCUGUCUCGGCGUCUGUUUUCUCCACCGCUCCAAGGAUGACCCGAUGUUUAUUCGAGUCACUGGCUAAACCCACAGGAUCUGGAACGGCUAUGCUCCGCUCCAGAAAAGCAGGCGGAUCAGAUCUGCAAGCCUAGAGUGCUGACCAGAUCCGAUCCGAUGCUGCUGUGGGAGGAGAAGUGCUCGUGUCAUUACCCAUAUUUCUCGCGAGACUGGACGUGAUCUCACGAGCUCUCGCGUGUCUCCUCGGGAGUCAUAGAAUGAGAUCCACUAAUUGGUGUGUGAUCCUGUGGGUUUUGCCCGGUAGAUUCCUCGCUUGGUCACAUUUCCUCUUUGACUCCGCCCUUUCUUCUGUUCGCUUGCAUUUUCUUCCCACUUUUGGCGGUGGGGCGAGCAGAAGUGGGUUCUUUCUGCGUCCUUCUCCAUCACAGCUCCUGUAGCUCAGAGCUCCGAGGAGGGCCGAGAGAGUGGGAGGGGAUGAGUCGGAACUACAGGAGAGGGGUGUGUCGAAUACAGCGAGGUGAUUGGAUGGAGAGGCGGAGCAGGAGAUUGACCAAUAGGAGCUGUCGGGGACUUAUGGCUCCCAUUGGUCAAUGUUUUUGCAGCCCUGUGCCUGCAUUUUUUCUGUUCUUUUUUCUCUUCACUUUGCGGAGAUCGCACUAUAGGACCAUGAUCGCCAUAGAAACGAGGUUCAUAAUAAUUACCAAUCUCUACAAUCCUCAACCGUGCCUUCAAAGUGAGUCAGUUUACACGUUAUUAUAUUAGAAAUGAAACAAAACCUCAGGAAAGUUGAUCUUCUUUUCCAUUUCUUCCCUCUUGGAUUCUGAGACGGCGUGAGGAAUUAAAACGCUGAGAAAUAAUCUGAUAAACUGUCUCAUCUUCUGUCUCAUCUUCUGUCUCAUCUUCUGUCUCGUCUUCUGUCUCGUCUUCCUUUCUUUAGCGGUAACAGAAUCGUACAGCAGCUCCAAACAUCACGAACACCUCAUGGAUUAUUUUACCAUCUCUCAUGCUUGUGCGCUGCAUGUCUUGUAUGUUUUGCAUCAUUUUGAAGUCUUCUUUUUUUCUCUGAGCUCAGCCUCAGCGCUGCGGUUUUUCCUCUUUGAAGACUUUUUUUCAGAGAGCUGCUGAACUCCGGCGUCUGCUUUUAUUCCUUCCCACCGUUUGGUAGUUUUUAAAGCAACCCCGGUGGGAAGCAAAGAGGACAUCUUGCAAGAGUAAACUUGAAUUAUCUAGUGCGUGCAUGGCAAGAGAUAAAGACACUUCAAAGCUGUCCUUUUAAUUAAAGGUUUUAUUUCGGAAAAGAUUCAUCUGAAAAAGGAAAAUGUCUGUAAAACGACUUUUUCUCUGCUGCCUGACAGACUUGUGUUGGCUCCUGUCUCCUAACAAGCUGCAGGUGACAAUUAUCAUUAGUCAGGUGGCUUUGAGAGGCGAUGUUGGUGCGGUAUCUUAGCAACAAGAGUCCCUGGAGGUAGGCUGAGAAAACUCGCCUUAAGAGUCACCUCUUGUCUUUUCACACAUGGAGCCAUUCAUCUCAGAUAUUCACACCUGCGACUCUCUUCCUCGUGUAUUUUUCUUGCUCUGAAACACAGUGGGACAUAACUUUAAGGUUUUGGGGACCUGUGCUGCACAGUGUGAGUGUUUUUCUGCAGCACAGCACAGCAGGAGAAACCUGUUCCCCGCUCUGACAUGGUCACAAACAGCAGAGAGAGUUUGGCCUGUGGCUGUUGCUGUCGUUCGCGGACUCUCUGUAAUAUUUGAACUUGAUUCGCAGAUUUAACGGCACACAGCACGUCCUGAUGUGGUUACUCAGACCUGUUUUUACUCAGCAACGACACCGCUGAAUAAGCCAACACAGCUGCUUUUAUUUAUUUUAACUUCUUUGAACAUUUCCCACCAAAACGCAGAGGGAAAACUUUUUUAUACCAAACAGAAAAUACAGUUUGUAUGAAACGCCACUCUAUAGCCGCAAAUAAUGCUCAGAACAGCACCUAACUUCAUCAACAGGACAUAUAGGGUCACAGACAUAGUACUAGACACCAAACAUCUUUUUAACUUUGACUCAUUUCUUUAGCAAAGAGACUAAACACAACUCACCGCUUGUUUGUAGUGAGACCUUAGGCCAGUCCAUUAUAGACUACAGUGGGGUGCCGCAGCUCAAGGAAGAACAUUUAUGAUCAUUUCUUUAUCAUUGCCAUCAUUGGUAGUUCUGUCUUAGCGUCUCGCUCUGAUUGUAUUUCCAUGAAGAAAUGGUCAUAAAUGUUCUUCCUUGAGCUGCGGCACUCCGCUGUAGUCCGUAAUGGACUGGCCUGAGGCUCAAUUUAUGACAUCACAGAUUGAAGAGUUUCCUAAAAAGACCAAUAAACAUAUACCUGAUCAAUCUUAGACUUAGACUUUCCAGGACAAAUUCAAGGUCUAAGACACACGACCAGAGGUGAGCACAGGUUAUUGUCAAUGAAUUUAAAGUGUUUCAGUGGUUAAAGUUCCCAUGAUCCAAGUCCAGUAAAGAUGUAACCCAAACAGGUUAGCCGUAAGGAUCCAUGAAUGAUCUUGUUCAGUUUGAUCCACCUUACCAUGUCAGAGCAGGUUUGGGUUCUUCUGUUUUCUCAGGUAAACAUCUUGAAUGUAGCGAUCAGAUCAUUUGCAAGAACCGGCCCCCAAACAGCUCUUUAAAGCACCAGUUUCCGCUCUACAUACUUCCACACCCAAGCAUCACAGCCGCAUUCCUGUAGGUGGCAAGAAAUGAAGCCGAUGCAGUCGUUCUAAAAGCUGCAGUUCCUUUAGUUUCCACUAGAGGCUGGAAACCAAAGCACCAGAAACCACAUACACACUCAUGUAAAACAGCUGAUGUUAACAGACUGAUUUAGAAGAUUUUAGGGUUAAAUAAUAAAUUUCUGUCUCUGCACAUUUGUGUCAAAGAUGUUAAAGUUGGAAGUUUUACAGCUAACUUGACUUUAAUUUAAACUUCGAGCCGAUCUCUCUCCUGAUUAUCAGUCAAUAAUCUUUAAAUUGACCAUAAUCAGUCAAAGUUUUGAGUUUUAGGUGAAAAACAUGAUAAAGACACGAGUUUCUCACCAACAAGGAGAUGGGAUCUUUCUCUCCACCAUGCGGACGUUUUCAUUUUAAUCCUGACAAAAGAAAAAAAACAGUCCUCUUCACCUCUUUAUCUUUCUUUCCAGUGUUGCUCCGUCCUUGACUGUGAUUAAAUCCUCCAAACCAUCCUCUCAUCCCUCAGAUCAGAUCCUCAGAUUGUCUCAUUUUGCUCAUUUGCUAUAAUCAGAUGUUAGAUGGUGAUUUUCUGCCCUUCCACGAAAAAAGAGGGUCUUCGUGAGAUAACCCCCUACUGUCAGAAGACAGCAGGAGAUGUUCUCUCUUAAUUUCCAGCCUGAGGCAGAUUUGCAGAUUUAACACUGAAGCGUCUGUCUUCUCCCUCCUACAUGACACGACCCUGCAGCCGAACAUUAGAGUAAAUGUCACGACCUACGUUUAUUUUCUUUCUAUCUGUUUAGUUCGGGUCUUUGAAUACAGGUUUCAGCGGAGCUCGGUUCAACAUGUCAGGGUCAGGUCACCCUCACCAUUCAGUCCUGUUCAUAUCUGACUGACAGUGAAACACGACUUUAAUCUUUGUGCAUAUGUUAUUUAAUGAAAGGUUUCAGCUGAGGAAGGUCCACCACAUCAGUAAAGAGUGACCUCCAUCACUCAGUCAGUCAGCUUUCUCUGUUUAUCUCUGACCACAGAGAGAAGGGCGAGUUCGAUUUUAGUUCCUUAUAAAACAUCCUCCGAGUUGACACCAUAUCAUGAUGUAGGCAGUAAAAUGAGGCUGAUAUCUGUUCGUUUUUUAUUUCCACUUUUACUGCAGUCAGAGAUAUUUGCACAGAUUUCUGUCUGCCUCCACUUCUGUCUGUUAUUUUCUGUUAUUAAAGACAGCUGACAGUGUAAGAGCAGAGGCGGCCAAACCAGCUGGGUUUCUGUCCACGCUGGAAUUAAGAUUUUCAAGGUCGGCUUUAUUUACCAUUCUGUAAAACUAUACUGCUGUUUUUUUUUUUUUUUUUAGUAUAAAAGGUCCUUUUACACCAGGAGAGUUUUUUUAUGCGAUUAUUUCGGACGUCAAUAUUUUUUUCGAACCCGUAUCCUGUCAAUACAAACGUUCACAUCAGUGAUGUUUCCCCGUCCUGCGAUAUUGCAGCAUUUAUUUCUCUUCUUUUUUCUAAUAUUGGACUCACCCGUGUGCUACGUUUCUUUUUCUUUUGAGAAAGCAAAAGAAGGACCAAUUCACCAUCACUUGAAGUUGAAGUAGACUCCGUUUUUGUCUUCUCGCUUCCACCCAGGACGCUGUAGGUUGUUAAGGGAAGGUUCCGCCCUCCUUCGCCUCUGAUUGGCUAGUGCUGACUGUUUGGUUUGAGCGUCUGAUGAAGUUUCCAGCUUUUCAAGCCAAUCAGAGGCGAAGAAGGCGGGACUUUCGCCCGGGAAAAGUCUUCCCUGGGAUGCGUCGAGUGGUCCCUGGAGUGGGGACUACACAGCUAGAAAGGUGCUGAGUGACGAGCACUGAUUUAAUGUCUUUCUAUUUAGGGGUAAAAUCAAAAUUGGACACAUUAAACUUCUCUAUAGCAAACAAAUCUUCAGGAUCUCCAAAAAAAAUUAAGUUUUAUGGGACAAACUUUAUUUCCUCCACGUACCUUUAAAGAGGCUGUUUAUUUGACAUGUGAAAAUGACAGAUUAUACCUUUAAAUAUCCAACUAUUAACGAACUUGUUGCAGAUGCUAUCAUCUGCUUUCUGAAUAGACGUCUCUCCUCAUAUCCCCGUCAUUGUCUCUCUCUUUUUUUGACUCCUCUUAGAUUAAAUCUGUAAGAAUUCAAACAGACAGACUCUUACUCUAACCUCCACAUGAAUACAAUCAUAUUAUCCACAUGUUUUUGAGUCCUCUAUAUGAUCAUAAACCAUGAACUCCACAUUUCCUCACUCCUCUAAUGUGCUUGUAAAAAUAGAGAGAUUCCCACAGCUCCCACCCACGCUCAGUAAACGGUAGCAUGUCUGUCUGGCAGCUUAGCAUCGGCGGAUGAGUGUGAGCGAUGAAUUCUGCUGCGGAGGCCCAAGUCAUUUCACGGAUUUAUGGCCAGACGAGCGAGGACAGCAGCUGUAACUUGUCACACGCAGAAACAGAAAAAGAACAGAUUGUCGUGUCCACACCAGGACAGGGAGAGUGGAUCUUCUUUUACAGGAUCUGACCCAGUGGGUUACCCCUGCUCCCAGUCCUAAACAGUGUUGACUUUGGAUAAAUCACACUCUGGGACAGCGACGGGGCUUUGUUUUCAUUUUUGUUGCCAUGGUUGCAUUUGUUUUGCUUCUUUCUUUCGUCAGCCUGUCUUCUGAUCGGCGCUUGUUUGAUCCUAGAUGAUAAUGGACAGAGUGAACACUUCUCAGGUUUUCCCCACAUGUGAGGAUUUUGUAAAUAUUGAACAUGUUUAAUAAUUACCUUCACAAGAUGGGGCAAAAAAAACACUCUUAACACACCUCACACCACAAAAUAAUCUUAAAAACCACCUGAUACUCAGACCUUCCCUGACUCAUGUCGGAAGAGAGGAACUCAACUCAAAAUCGGCCAAAAAUAAAAUCCUGAUUUUUUUCAGUAAAAACUUGAUUUUUUAUUUUUUUUUCUAUGUCAACUUAACCAAACCUCACUUUGAUGAGACGUUUUUCUAUCAUCUCUCGAAAAGAUGUAGUGCAUAUGUGCCAAGUCAGUAAGUGGUGCUGUAACACAGAAGAAGAGUACAGAGCAUGUGUAUAAAGGUUGUUUUGGCGCCAUAAAAGAGUUACUCUGUGUGUCACAUGAUCGUUUCCACAGAUGCAGAUAGACAUCCACACGGAGAUGAAAUGGUCGUCGUUUACAGAUUUAUUCACUCUCUGACCUGUUUUCAAAAAGUACCGUUUACAGUCACCUGAAACGCUGAUGUGACAAAAACUUCAGCGUUUCCUCCUGAAUUUGUUUCCGUGGUGACGAGUUGAUACCGCCUUCAGACAGACUUUACAGCGGGGAGUGGUUUACUCUUCAUCUGACACUGUGAAGUCGUUCCAAUUCAACACGACUGACUCGCUCUUGUCCUAUUUAACCACGAAAUUAUCGCCUUCUUUUUGUAAACGCCAUGUUUGGUUACACUGACUGGGGUGUGUGGGUAGGGGGAACCUACGGUGGCCUGGAGGUGUGAGACAAGAUAGAGAGGAAAAUCGAUUUGAGGAUAAUUUUUUUUUUUUAACUUACAUUUUAUUUCCUUUUUUUUUUUUUUUUUUACGUAACAGAAACACAAACAUGGUGUCAUUCACAGAGAAAAGAAGAAAAUUUUCCAUGUCGCCUCCAUCAAAGUUGUCCAUUUCUUAAGUCAUGUGAACAGAUUUAUAUUUUUUCCAUUUUUCCCACUUUCAGGUGUUUGUUUCUCGCUGGAGUUGUAGAGCGUGUGUUAGUUUCUCUGUUUCAAAUCGUUCUUCCAGACAGUUUCUCCUGGAUUCUCAUUACACCAAUUCUUCAUGAUGGCCGUCUCUGAUGCUGCAAGAAGUAUUUCAGUCAAGUAUUUGUCUUUAAGAUAAGAUCGCUCAGGUACACCUCGAAGGUCACGGGCUCGUAACCUGAUAUUUUUCUUAUUCUUUUGCUUAUUUCUUCCCAGUAGUUAGUUAUUUUCUUGCAGCACAAAAAGAUACGGGUAUGAUCAACAUCCUGUUCUUCCAAAGACGAUAUUAAAAAAUGUAAAUUUCUUUUAACAUCGUCAUAAUCAAUUAAUCUGAUUAGGGUUUAAAAUCAAUAAAUCGUAAAGCCUUUGCCCAUCGCACUUGUUUGACGUUUCAGUCCAUCUUGACGUAAAAUACACAGAGUCUGUCUGUCCUAAAAACCUUUAUCAUGAUCCAACAGUCCUUCCCGUUCUUCAGACUGAUGUCUUAUUUGAAGACACGCGUUUUUGUCUUCCCUCUGUGAACCAGCAGACAAAAAUGACGCACAGACCUCAUCUGCUCUGUAAAAACUCAGCGGAGGAUGAUGAAUGAGUUUCUCUUUUCUCGUUUUUAUUUAUUCUCCUUUUCUCUUUCUCGCUACAAACCCAAACUUUGUUACUGGUAUUGUGUUUCCACUCCUGGCGUCCUCCCCUCACAGACUCUCAUACUCACAUAUUUUUCUCAGCGGGUCCUUAAUCACCGCCUCAGUGACACUCUCGGAUCAAUCAGCAGCUUCAGUGGAAAGCAGUUAAAGAAAUAAGGCUGUAAAAUGUGCAGUCCGGGUCCUCUGAGUAUGAUGGAUUGUUUGAUGUAGAGGAAAAGCUCGCCUUUUAAAGUUUGCCCACUCCAGAGCCUGUAAACAGGACACUUUAUCCAGCGUUCUGUACAAGCCGUACAUAAAUACUUCAGUUGUGUUUGUCGAUAACAUUGAUUCUAAUUCAUGUAAUCACAGCCAGUAGCACAGCUUGUAUUUACUCACUGGUACCGCUGUGGCAUUCUGCACUAUCAGCUCCUCGGUGAUGGAAACCUGCCAUUGGCUGAUUGAUCAUCCAAUUACUUUCCUGCUUUCAGCUCCCAGAUGGGAUCGGCUGAACAAAUGGCCGCAAUACUCCCUCUGAAAUAAGGGGUGACCUGCUCGCCGCUCUCGCUGAGUGACUUUCAAAGUAUUUCAGAUUUGGAGGAGGUCUGGUGGUCGCUGCACAGCUGACCACCAGAGGAAGGGGGUUUGAAGUGUGCAGAAAUGUGUCGUGUCUUUGCAGGCGGCGGUGGCGGCGGCGCUCGGUGCUGCCAACUUGUGAAUAAAUCCACAGACUGACUCACAUCUGCUCUUGUUUGUCGGUUUAAAAACUGAAUAUUGAAAAUAAAAAGCUGCAAACAACUUCAGGGCGCAGAGAGUCAGUAUUUACUGUUAUAUCACUGUAACCAUGUGAGUGUAUGAUGGAGACAUGCAGCUCGAUCACUAAUGUGUACUGUUGUUUAUUCUACCGUUACUGGCACGGCUAACAGUGUAGCAAGGCUAAUAGCAGGUGGCUAACUCUAACUUUAGCUUCAUAUUACAUGGUGCUUCACCGUUAACUGGGCGUGACCGAGACCAGCACAGCGGGGAACAUGGUGAAGUGGGUUGAACUGAAACUUGUUGACUUAUUGUGUUUUUCACAAACUGGUUUGUUUACCGUUGAGGCGGACCACUCUCCUCUGUGCGUCCCUCAGCUGCCUGCUUCAGAUCCGUCACUCUGCUGUGCUGUGAGGUAGUAAUGAGGUCACUGCGCCAUCUCCAGGAUAAGUCGGGGAACUUUGCAAAUGGCGGAACAUUUAUUUCUGAAAAUAUCGGCAAAAAUUGGCGAGUUUUUGCCAAAUACAGAUUAGUCUCAAACAGGCUAAGUUGGGCCGAUUUAAUUGGCUCGAUUAGUUAUCGUCAAAAAUUUCGGUAUCGGUAAAUUUUCGGUUUAUCGCCUAUCCCUAACUCAUGCACUCACUGCUGUGAAAGAAGACACUCGACCUUAACAUGAAGCUUUAGCUUGAGUUGUCGUGGACGAGGCAACAGAACAGGGAGGAACCAAAAACGACACAGAUUUGAGUCCAAAAUCCAGACUGGGAUCCAUGGGAAUCCAACACAAAUCUUGCAGAAGUAGGGGGUCUAAAUUCUGUAGGUGGUCCUGGUUCCAACAUAAACUCAGUAGAAAUGAAGAAGUCUGAUAUUUGGACAAAUAUUUCAGUCGAUGAUGAAAACGAUGGAAAAGACCUGGAGUUCUGAUUCUCCCUGAGCUCUGGUCCAAAGAUAAAUCGGUUCUCUCGGCCCACAUUCAACAGAUCACUUCAUUAAAAAAACAGGAAUAUUAGAGUUAUUUUAAAGUUCUAGUGAGGAACUUUCUGUUGGUCGGAAACUAUCGUCAGAGCUCUGUUGACGUCUUUCAUUCUGAGACUGUUUCAUUAAUAAAUCAGCUGGUUUGUCUGUUAGAGAGAGAGAGAGAGAGAGAGAGAGAGAGAGAGAGAGAGAGAGAGAGAGAGAGAGAGAGAGAGAGAGAGAGAGAGAGAGAGAGAGAGAGAGAGAGAGAGAGAGAGAGAGCUCCUGUCAGCGAUGCACAUCGACUCUCAACAGUCUUAUCAACACCGGCAGCCCAACCUCCUGCACAAUAGAGACGGAGGGAGAGGAAGUGGUGCUGAUGAGGAGAUAGGCGUCGAUGGUGAUGGAGGCGAGGAGGCUGAGAGAGAGAGAGAGAGAGAGAGAGAGAGAGAGAGAAGCAAAGUUCAGCAUGUUUAUUCAUUCAUGUCAGCGUGUGUGUGUGUGUCAGUGUGUGUAUUUGUUUGUGUGUGAGGCUGAGAGUGAAGGGAGAUAAUGAGGUAAUGGAGCUCAGUGAAGUGUGACGGAGAGACGAGAGGGAGAGAGCGAGAGAGAGCGAGAGAGAGAGAGAUAUGAAGAGGAGGUUGAGAGGGAGACAGAAGACCGAGGACAAAAGGAGCUAAUUAAGUGUCGUCGUUUAGAGAUGUUGAGCCAUCAGGGAGAGCUGAUCGAUUCAAACGUCUUUCUCCAGCCGAGAGGACCUGAUGAGGAACAUUUACAGAGUAGAUGGUCGAGUGAAGCCGUGCUGACGGAGUCCUCUUGUUCAGUUAGAACCUCAGAAACACUUCCAUCAGAAAUGUUCAGGAACAAGGACGAGAGAAUUUAUCAUCUGAUUAUUUAGAGUUUCUAUUUUUCAGUCCUGGGAGUCUGUGCAGAGAGGUUACAGAACAUCUGAUGAAGUGUUUGAAGAAGAGGUAGAGACUGUUUCAUCCACCUCUCUCUAUAUUCAGGGCUGCUUCUCAAUACAGCGAACAGAUGAUUGAGCAGGUAGAUGUUUGUGAUGGACUUAUACUGAUACUAGCGCCAUGGAAACCAUUUUUAAUAUUUAAAACAGUCUCCAAACUUUUCUCAGAGCAGAGUUUCAGAAAGCUAACUUCGAUUCCCCUCAGAGACUUUUUUGGUUCAGAUCUUAGAGAAAGUCGUUUUGAAGUGAAGCUCGUUCAGCAGAUCAGGGAUCAGUGGAUGUAUCGGCUCGGUUUCUGCUCUCUCCACAGCAGUGAGACAGAUCUCCAUGAAGUUUGUGAUGAUCUUCGGUUAUCUUAAGACUGAUUGGACCAUCCUCGUUCUUUUGGACCAUAACUCUGCAUUUUUAGUGGGCUGGGUUAAACAGUGUGGCCCUGAGUUGGUUCGAGUCUUUCCAGGAAAAAAAUCAGAUGUUUGGAGCGUCGUUGUGGUUUAUUUUAUGACAAAUUUAACUCAUGGCGUCCCACAGGGUUUGGUUCUGGGUCCACUUUCUUUCAUUUGUAUGCCUCCCCAUGGUCAUAUUAUUCAAAUAUAAUACUCAUUAUUACUGUUAUGCCGAUGACACUCAACUGUACAUCCCGGCCAACCAAAACUCUUCUUUUUCACUCUAAAUGACACAAAUCAGUCCACCACCUUCAGAUGGUUAAACAUGCAGCAGCUCAGUGUAUCCAUGUCACACCUAUUUGAGCAGAUCUGCACCGGCUCGGGUUGAUUUUAGGAUCAAUUUUAAGAUUCUUUAAAAUUUGAGUAAGGUCCGACAUGGACCAGGGUUAAACAAAAGAAAAGCACCCAGAGGAAAGGGUUCAUUUAAAAAGAAUGAAAUUAAAAAAUGACAAAAACUUCCAACUGAAAAAUCCAACAAAAGACACAGAGGCGAAAAACCACAAGGAGACUAGAGAUUCACACAACAACUCUGACUGACACACAAUGAACCAACAAAGACAGAGAAGACAGGGACUAUAUACACACUGGUUAACGAGCGACAGGUGAGACUCAUGGGUGAUUAACGAAGGAGGGAAACUGAGGAAGUUAUACUAGACUAGAAACACAAGGAAUCAACUCCUACAAAAUAAAACAGGAAAUAAACACUGAAAACUGAUUUAAAGAAUAAAACACAGAGAAGAGGAGAGAAACAGGGUCAAAGACAAACUGGAAACUCACAAGACUGGACUACAGGGGAACAGAAACACAAGGGAAAAUACACUUAAAUAACUAAACCAGGAAAAACUAAAUUUACAGAACAUAUCAUGACACCUCCUCUCUGUAUGUCUGAGCUUUUAUUUCCCCUAUAAACCAGAACAACCACACUGUGAGUGUUUCUUUACAUAUGUAAGUGUCCAUAUUUAAUUCAUUCUUUGCUUUUAUUCUUUUAUUUUGUAUUUUUGUCCGUCUGUGAAGCAGAAAAUUAGAGUCAGGUACAUUAAUCUGUUUAAAUUGUGUCAUAUCAGCAUCGGCACAAGGCUGAAUCAGAUCUCAGACAGUGAACCGUGAGGACUGAGUGCAGCGCUCUGUUUAACAUCAGCUGUUCACAUCUACAGGUGAGGCUGCAGAUUCGUUUUCUUUGAUGACUUCGACAGCUGCUUUGUCUUGGUUUUUGUCUUUUCACCUCCACAAAGUGCUUCUUAUCCGACUGUCAGCCUAGAUCAGCUUCGACUGCAGCAUCUAUGUAGAAAAUCCUCCCUGUGUUAAUUUGCCGAGGUCGAGAUGCCAUUCAAUGGUCAGGUUACGACGACGGCGCCCUCCCUGCACUAAUAAACUGAAUGUUCUGAAUUUAAACGCCUCUUUAAAGUCCAGACUUGGAUAGAUAGUGACGGCUCGAUUAAAUACUAUAUUUUACAAGCUUGUGAUGUAAAAAUAUCCAAUAAGGAAGUCAGUGCAGACCUCAAUCUGUCAUUAUCUGUGUGUGUGUGUUUUGGCUGAGAUCCGUGCGUGGCUUACAGAACCAGAAACUCGCUCUUCACGCCCACAGAAUGAACGGUCUAAUCUGUUAACAUGCUCAUCAUGAAAACCAAACCGCUCUGGAGCCGUCACGCCGUCACCAAACCGGACUUCUUUUCCUCGUAGUCCAAGUUCUUGACGUUACAGUGAUGUGUGGAGCAGAAAUCUGUUUUCUUGCAUCUUGUUUUUUUGGCACUCGUGAUCUUGGAAGAUUUCCAGGUAGGUGGCACGGCGCAUUUGUUCAUGGCGCAUCAGAGGAAAACCUUUUUUUAGAGCACAAUGUGACGGUCUGCCCCCACAGGGCCUGCAGCUUAACAGAGAUUAACGUAUGCAGGACCGACUACAACCUCCCUGUGUGGAGAUGAUGGAGGAGACGGAGGGUGAAAAGCUCUACAGGAGAAAGAGUUGUGAAACCACAAACUCACACCGGAGAGGAAGUUACACUCCUCACACUCCUCGUUUUUCUCCGACCCCUCUCCCUCCUACUGUUCCUUCAGACACCUUUUCAUUCCACCUCUUUCUCUUCCGUCGAAUAUCAAACUAACCCGCUGUGACAGCUUCUCAUUUAGACAAUUAUUUCCAUCACAUUCAGCAGGAUAUUUGAUCACAGACGUGUCUCUACGUUAUAUUUAUCCCCUGAGCUGCCUUUGAGAGAGUUGAUUGUCUCCUCCUGCAGGUUUUCUUUAUUUAAUCUUCCUGUUCUGACAGUUAGGCAGACGCGCCGUAAGAUACUAAAUUAAAAAUAAUGAACAACAAAUGUCUUGUACACAGUUUUUACUCCUUCUUGAGAGACGACAAAGAGGCUGUUGAAGUACAUUAUGCAUGUGGAGCAGAGAAACCUGCAACAAUCUGAGAGGACAGCCUGCCUCUCUUUUCUGUUUCCUUUUCUUUCGUCUCUUUAUCUCACAGAUCCCAGAAUCCUGUCUGUGAGAACGCAGACACCACUUUCUUAAACAUGCUUUAAUAAUCCCGCUCAGAUUAGAUCCGUUUCUUAUCGAGGAACAAAAGUUUGUCGGUCAUCGUGAGCUCAGCUGUGAGGUUAAUAGAGGAAGGAAACUUUCUCUCACAGACGUUAAUCUGCUUUAAAAACUCAUUUUCAGGUGUGGUUUCCCUUUUACAGAUGAUAUUUUUCUGCAGGCUGCAUCAUCCUGUAACCUGCCUGUUUUUGCAGCUAGAAAACACUCUGGGAUUUGCAGCAGCCACUUCUUCUGCAGCGAUUUUCUUUCAUUUGGCUGCCAAUCUUGGCCGGGGUAAUCCUGUAAAAGAGAUUUUUAAUCUUAUUGAGGCUUCCUGGUUAAGAAAAAAUGAAAUGCAUAAGUUUGGAUAAAGAGAGAAAGCUUUCUGUGCUCCAAAGCAAACUGCCAGAGGACUCGGCUCCUCUCUGGAGAUGAUUAUUUUUAAUGAUAGCGGCAGAAAUUCGAGUCUGAUCUUGAGGAAAAUUGAUUUCUUAAUGGAUUUCAUACGGGCAGUGGGAUAUUUGGCUGAGGGAAUAAACAGGCAGCGUCUGUCUUUGGUGGUUUGCCAGAGCAUCUCGGGAUUAAUCCACUAGCCUGAAAACAGAGCUUAGUGUGUCAUGUUGGAACAGCUGUGACUCAGUGUUAAUUAAAUUAACAAAAACACCAAGAUGGAGGAUGUUGAUGACUGUCUAUGGGGCUGGGAUUGGCGUGUUUGUUUGUUUGUGUGCGUGGAGGGCUGUCAGGAUCUCAGAUUUUAACGUUUUACUGCCAGAUAACGUCGUAAGAAAGACGAUAUUUGUGGUUUUUAUGGAAAAGUAACGACACAACCAAGCAGAGAGAUCGGGGAACAUAAAAUCCAUACCGAUGUCGGUGUCAGAUCUGCAGCAGGUUUAACAGACAAAUGUCAAUGUGAGAUUUACAGACAGGGAGGCCCGGCUUCUGAUUGGGCCUUUAAAGGUCAGCUGAUUUCUUAUAUAUAGGGUGACAAUAUUCUGAUUCCCAAAAAAGAGGACACGAUUACAUGGGGGCAGUCACGGAGUCACACAUAGUUAAUUUUGAGAGUUUUUCAGGUCCGAUCGAGUGUUUUUUACGUGCUUCUAACUUGGGAAGUCCACACAACACAAACUCCAUACAAAACCUCGGAAAUUUGAAGGAUUUUAUAAACUCCCCCGGACAAGGCAGGACAGCCCCCCAAAAAAGAGGACAUGUCCGGGUAAAAGAGGACGUAUGGUCACCCUGACUAUAUCACUAAAUUCAACGGAAAUCUUCACACUGGGUUUGUGAGAAUAGGAUCUGGACAGUCUGAUCUUGACUGUGGGAUGGAAAAUCUUAAAAUCCUGGUUCUCAUUUUUACUCAUGGGUCCUAUGACAGGAACUUCAUAAAACAGUACCGACAUUUCUUGUGAGACUGGGUGGUUUCUUACAGAUCUUGCGUGUUUCACUGUGAGACAUUGAAUGAGAUCGGCGGUGUAAAUAAACACCCACAUCCCACAACCCUGGCCCCUCCUAUUAUCAUGUGAAGAACAGUUCAACGUAUUGACUUUAUUUUAUUUUGAAAAUCAACCCGAUAUUUUACUCUGUAGCCGCAUGCAACUUCUGCUGCGCUGAAUUGAUGCAUUGUGCUGCGGCGUCCGGCAAAAAUAGAAGCCUUGCGUAUCUGAUCUGACCGCUGGAGCGGAUCCACAGCAGAGCCGGACGCCGAAUGGAUUGUGCGGAAUCACACACAGUGAUUAUAAUGUUUACGUAUUUGAUCAGGCUGCCACUCUGGACCGUUAUUCAUGGUUGCAUUUUGAUUCUUGCUAACUUGACAGUGUAGAUCUGAGUGGAGCUUGGACUGUUGUAACAGUGUCACUUUUUAAGAAAAAGAGCCUUUAGAUUGAACUUUAACUGUAAACCAUCUGACAAUGAAAGUGCUUUCAAACCCAAAGCUCCAUUAGAGUCUAAUUCCUCUGUUUCCUAAAGUAAAUAUUAACCCACAGAAGAUUUUUUUUCCUCUUUCUAUCGUAUAAAAAUAAACAUCACACUCCACACAAGUGAAGCUAACAGGCUCAUUCUGCUAUUUUCCAGUUUGUGGAGUCCUCAAACGGCUGAAUUAACCAACUCCUCCUUUAAAUCCUGCAGUCAGUCCCUGUUCUUUCAGGUCACCGAGUAUCAAAGUGAGACGAGCAGACGUUAAAAACACAUGUACGUCUCAUCAGUGACAUCUAAACUGCAUGCAGACACUUUGACAGGAGCCCCGGGCCACCGACUGCGACGCCUUUCAUCCACUAACUGCUAAUUCCUGUUGGAGCAGAUGAAAGAGGGCCGGGCUGCUCCUGGAUCCUGGAAACAUGCUAGUCUAAACUUUUAUCCGGUCUAAACUUGUGUCUGAUCGGACUCUGCAGAUGCGAAAUGACCCCAGACUUCUCAGAUCCCUCAGCCCCCCGAUCUCCGCCGCCUCGCAUUCUAAUAAAGACUAAUGUGUUUGCCGACAUCGGCUCGCUCUCAUUAGCGUGAUUAAUUGCCUCCUUGCUUUCGGUAAACAGUGUGAGCUGUAUUCCAAUUUAUUCAGUGAAAAUUACCCAAUCAUAAUUAAACACUCUGAUCUUUCUCCCCCAACCUCUUUCCCAUACAAGCUCCGCUCACACACGGGGGCGAAUGCUCCUUGAUUAAUUUUUCCCCGCUUCCCGUCAUUAGCCGGAUGAUGUAAGCGUCACUUUGCUCAGGGUGAGCGUUUAUAAAGAGCCAGAGUCGGGCUUGUAGCGGUCAGUUUUAAAUGGUUUGAUUUAUCGCAGGAGCGCACGGGGGAGGACAGCUCGCCUUUUCCUCACAGUUCGAUGUCCACCUUAUGGAGCCCUUCCGCCCUUGUUCCAAUGUCACACUUUACGGCGUGUAGGUCGGCCGCUGUGCCGCUCAAUAAACACGGCGUCAGAGAAUAAAGAAGGCCGACCUUCACCGUGGUAAGAAAAUGUGAAAAGGACGCCACAUAAACCUGAGAGCCGAGGCUGGAAGGACGGAUGGAUUAGAUAGGAGAUUUGUUUUUGAUGGGGUGAUACAGAGGGAGACGGGGGAGGAGGGGGUGAGGGCUUCAAACAGCAUCACAAACACAGCACAGGUAGGGAUUAGGCCGAGGUGGAAGCUGGUUAUUUGCAGUGCUGAUGGCGGUAUUAAGGCGCGGUGUCUGAGUCCAUCACUAAGCCUGGAUUCUUAUGCAGCACAGCAGACCUGGUUACCAAAACAAAUCUCUGUACGUAUCCCUGCGCAGGGUCACAUGUUCCCUCUGAGCGCCGGAGCUGAAAGAUGGAGAUACAAACUCUUUAAAGUAGAGACGCACCAAUCCAUCUUUUUCCUGAUCCGAUCCGAUACGAUACCUCGGCUGAGCAUAUCUGCCGAUAUCCGAUACCGAUCCAAUACUACUGUUGAAUAAAUGAACUGUAUACCUUACCCUGGGAGUGAAUCUUCCCUCUUUUUGUGAAUGUUAGUAGAACGGCUUCUGUUUGUCUUAGAGAUCUUUUUAGUUUUUAUUGUUCUGGACAUUAUUGUGGAAACAGGUGAACACAGAACACGUGUUUAAGUCGACAUCAUCUUUCUUAUAACUGAAAUAAUUCCAGAUAACUGACGUUGCUUUUUUUUGUGCCAACAAGUUUUCAUCUUCUGUGGUUUUCUUUUGUUCAUUUCUCAUUUUGCACUAGUUGUUGUUGUUGUUAGCGGUGUUGUGCAGAGAAGCGCAUGCCCGCCGAGAAUUGCAUGCACCUAGCUGAAACGCGCACCGCUUACAGUAGAGUGGUCCACGAAAAUGUACAAUUUAAAACCCAUAUAGUUCUUAUUUGUGGGGCUAAACAGUGAUGAGUGGUGUGUCUGAUAACCAUGUUGUUUAAAAAAAGAAAACUGCAGUUCCUUGAGUGUCCACUAGUUUCUGGAAAUGUGGAAAAAGUCCGUCAAACAUCUCCGCAAACCAGAACUCUCAAGGUCAUCGAUCACAUGUGUGGGUAUCAAUCAACAUCCAGCUACACCGGGUUAUAAUUUGGUUCCUGCUGAUGAAGAACAGACAGUGUCCUCAACGGGAAACACGCCAAAGAUGUUUGGCGAAGUUUCUCAAAACUGGCAAAAAAAAAUGUAUAUAAGCGAAUAAAUAAAACCUGAUGGCGGCCUGAUUUCAGUCUCUGUAGACGCUUUUAGGGCCCACAUCAUGAGGACUUUGGUUACUGUGGUUACUUUGGUAGUGUAAGGGACCAAGCAAUCAGGCAAAGGACAAAGGUGUGGAAAAAGAUCUUGUUCCUUUAUUUACUUGGAAAAAUAGAUCAAAUCAUAACAAAUGUUCAACUUAAUUUGGUAGAACAAAAAAGAAACAAAACCUGGGCCCAUUGUAACAGAGGUCAACUCAGCAAAAUCAACUAAUGCUACCACCUAACAUAAUCAAACAGACCUAACUAAAGUGAGACAUGCUGGGGGUUUAAAUAGACAAAGGACUAGUCCAACAGAAACACAAGGGGGAAACUAAAUGUGACUCCAAACUAAACAUUUAACAAACUCAGAAAAAUAGCUUCAAAUCAUCAAAACAAACUAUUUACAGAAUAAACUAAAUUGCCUUUACAAACUGAAAAGAACACAAACAGAAGAUUGGAGAUGAAAUAAAAGUCCAUGCUGCCCCUGUGUUCCCCCUCCAUGGUCUCUCCCACUUCCUGUGGGCAAGGCUUAAAAGGCCAUCUUUGAUCAGCAGACAGCCUUUGCCAGGAAACUCAAACAAAAGCAAACAGGAGUAAGUAUAACUUGAGAUUAAAGCAUGAUGUAGAAAAUCAACCAUGUGACAGUUUGUUAACUAAAUUGUGUGCACCCAAAUUAGAAAACAACUGCCAUACAUGCAAUUAAAGUGAUUUUAUUUCAACAGAAAGGUGUGUAAUGUGCUCCUUUUAAACUACAAACAAAACUGGUGUUAAAACCCAAAGAAAAAGAAAUACUAACACGAGAUAGUGGCAGUUUAGGCCACCACAGUUAGGGUCAGGGUCAGGGUUAGCCGUGCUCCGGUGUUUACUGAUCUGCAGUCAAAUAGGUUUUCAAUCUAAGAUACGGUCUGAUCUCUGUCUGUGACUGCAGAAAAAGAUUCAUCUUGAAUCGAUGAAGUUGUUUUUCUCCGUUUUGCACUUCGUGAUAAUGAAUCAAUCCUGCUUUUUUAACGUGUUCACACAGCGACUUUUCAGCAGUAAAAGAGUGUUUUUUUUUUUUCCUGCUCAUCAAUGAAGAGAGAAACCGAGAUGUUCUGUCUGAGUCUUCCUCUCUCCUAAUCUCAUAAAAUACUCAUUUUCCUUUGCUGCAGGUCGACUGCGUCUUUAUUCAAACUGUAGCCUUUAGAGUUUUUUCCUCUCUGUUUAUCUUCCUCGCUGUCAGCUUCGGCUCACUCUUCUAUCUGCUGUCGUCAAAAACACAGAAAAAAAAAAAGUUUGCAGUGGAUAAAGUUAAAAGGUCGACUUUUCAACUCCUCUCUCUCUUUCUCUCUCUGCCGCCUGUCGACAGGCUGUAUUGUGGCUUUUUGUAAAGAAGCUGUCAAAGUUGUAUUUCAUGUUGUGAUUGCUGCAGAGAUGAUUUCUAUUCAAGCCGCCGAGAGCUCGAAGGGCUCGCGCUCUUACCCUAAAGAAUGGGAUCUAAGUGUUUAAAGAGACGUUUUCACAUGCCCUCCAAAAACCGAGAAGAGCGUCUCUCAGCUCCACCGCGGGUUUUUAGUAUAAUACGAGGUUAAAUGUUAAAACCUUUCAUCUGACUUUAAAAACAAACAAACCAAAGUUAACGUUUUUACUUUGACUCAUUCACUAAGUACCCGCUUUUUCCUAGGAACGAAGUUUUCUAAUCAUCCAACCAUAAGUCAAAGAAACGGAGGACGUUUGAUGAAGAAUUAUAGCUCUUAAACCCUCAUAUAAAGAAAAUUAAAGCAUAAAAUGGAAAUCUCAUCUGCAGAAAGAGCUUUUCCUCCAUUAAAGACCAUUAAACCAUAUUCCUCUCUGACUAAUGGCAGAUAAACUCGGCACUGAGAGCUCUUUGACUUGAUUGUGGUGAUGGAUGUGAUUUGAUUGCAGUGGAAGUCAUAAGGGCCCGUUCUUGUCCUCUAAAUUAAACACCAGCCUUCAGAAACUUAGAGAAGUACUUCACCAGGGCUUGUUAUUUCUGGAAAAACUGGAAUAAAAAGCAUUAAAGUGGGGAGUUGAUGUAGCAGGAUAAAAGAUAAUCAGCUGGUUUACAGGGAAGAGGAGCGGUUUAUGCUCACAGCUACGACUCUCUGCUGGUUUUCAGUCGAACUCAUGUUGUUUUAAACCCCCUGAUAAUAGGGUCAAAAAAAGAAAUCCAGAUUUUUUACUCUGAAAACUCGAUUUUUUAUUUAGAUUUUCACUUUAAUAAAAAGAUUUUCUAUCAUCUCUCAAAAGGAAACCACUGAAAACAAUGUAUGCUAAUGCUAAGCCAGUAAGUGGCGCUGUAACGCUGCACAGGAAAUACACAAAAGAACAGAAGAAGAGAACAGAGCAUGUGUAUAAAGGUUGUUUUGGCGCCACAAAAGAGUUACUCUGUGUAUCACAUGAUCGUUUACAGAGAUGCAGAUAGACAUCCACACGGAGAUGAAAUGGUCGUCGUUUACGAAUUUAAGGUCCUCACACACCGGGGCCGAUGCGAAUAUGGAACGCGAAAUUACGAAAUAUUCGGAGGAGAAUUUUGACGCGCCUGACUAAACACAUCAAGCCCGAUGCGAUUUUGCGACUCUCCGGGAAGAAAAAGACGCAUCCUGGGAAGAGUUUCCCGGGGAUGGUUGAUGGUUCUUGUGCUUGAAAGAAUCGAGUUGAUACAGAGAUUUAAACAAAAAUAAACAGGCAAACCAAAAAUAGCAAAAUAUCACCGGGGGUUCUAAGGGUUAAGGUGACUCCAAUGACAGAGUCCUGAUGCGCCUAAUCCUGUAGAUAUUGUUCGCCAUUGACAAUAUCUAGACCCCAUAGACCCAUGACAUUGGCGAUAUAUUCGUCCCCAAACCACGUAGCCCCUCAUGAUGUGACAUCCACAAAGAUAAUCAUUACAUUAAAUUUUGUCUCCUCCUCCAUCUGUCCUUUUUUUCUUACAGAAGUCAAAAGUCUUUAUAAAUAAUAUGACUGAUGAUCUCUUCCCAUCUCUCUCUACUUUUACUGCAGAGCACCUAAAGGUGGCGCUAGAGGAGUACAUGACGCGGUUGCCUAAGGUUCGUAUCCUGAGGACCAAGAAGAGGGAGGGUCUGAUCAGGACUCGCCUGCUGGGAGCUGCAGCCGCCAAAGGAGAAGUCAUCACUUUUCUGGACUCCCACUGCGAGGCCAACGUCAACUGGCUGCCCCCACUGCUGGGUGAGAGCGCCGUAACCCCCUCUCUCACACACACCUACACAAACACACACUGUUUUGGCGCUGAUUUUUCUCAAACAGAACCAAUCAGUCUCUCUCUCGCACACACACGGGGCCCCUGCCAACAUUUCUCGACCCGGCCCCGACCUCUCAGUCCUAAAACUCUCUCCGAACCAUCAAAAGUCUGAACUUCCCAAAGUUCUGGAUCACGGCUGGUUUUCUCGAUAACUUUCUGCCCUUUUCUGACAAAUAUUUCCACUUGGCCUUUCCAAAAUGUCUCAUUUUGUCAAAAAAUGUUCUCAUUCGAAACAUAACCACUCACCUCAUGAAGAGUUCUAAUUUUUAAGAUAUUUGACAGUCACAGAACUUUCUCGAUAACUCUUUCUCUGUAUAAGAACCACGUUCAGCCCUGUGUCUCAGCAGGGUGCCGAUCCGACAUGCUCCUCUCCACGUCAGGCUGUUCAACGAAAACUAAUCCUAAUCGGACGAAACUUUGGCGUAUUAGUCUGACUGAAACGCACUAAAGGCUGAUUCAUGUUUGCCAUACGUAUGAAAAUACACGCGUCUGUUUCACACGAUGGUUCCGUCACUGUCCAAAUACUUCUAUGUGUCCUCUACGACAGCAUGGGGGGCAUCCACCAGGGGGCAGGCUGGAGUCAAAAGUUUAGAGAAGAACAACAACAAACAAAAAGAAACAUGGCGACUGUGAAGCCCCGCCUUUGUCUUCUUCGUUUUUUUCUAGAGAUGCGUAUCGGGUAGUGACAGCAGCAACACUGCCCCCUAGGUUUCCGGUGGUUCUGAUCCGUCUGACCAGCAUCCGUAAACUAUGUUCGGUCGGUCGGUCAGCAGGUAGGUAGGUAGGUAAGUCAGUAGGUAGGUAGGUAGGUAGGUAGGUAGGAAGGUAGGAAGGUAGGUAGGAAGGUAGGUAGGUAGGUAGGUAGGUACAACUACAAGCAAAAAGAAACAUGAUGACUGUAGAGCCCCGCCAUUGUCUUCUUUGUUUUUCUCUAGAGAUGCAUAUUGGGUAGUAGCAUAUCCGUAAACUAGGUUGGUCGGUGCAGUCUGGCUAACAAACUUAGAUUACUCGUUAUACGAUCAGCUUUAUUUUUUAAUAUUGGACCAAAACAUGACAUAUCAGCUAAACCUGCACAGGUUGAAAUAAGAAAAGGCUAAUGUCUAACAUUAGAUUUUUUGCUUUUGCAGGAAGGGUAUCCAGAAGAAAUGGUUUCUAUGUUUUUAUCGAAACUAUAUUCAGAGUGAUUAUUUGGUUUCAUACCCAGAAAGAGCAACUAAACUUCACUUUUAAUUGUUUUUUUUUUAUGUUUUCCUUAUUUUAUAUCCUGUAAGUUCAUCCAAAGGGGUUUUUAAUAAUUUAUACACUGGAGGGAAAACCAAAGGUUACUUUUUUUUCCAGGUUUUAUGGAGGAGUAUUCAGAAGGCAUGAUUUUUUUCCACAUUUAACACUCUAAAAGGGCAACAAGUUUUUUUUUUUUCCCUGUUUUUAUCCACUGGAAGAGUAUCCAGUGGUCUUGUUUUACAUUGAACUCAAUAGAAGUGCAUUAAGAGAGCCCCAGAGUUAUAUUUCACUCACUGGAAAGGACAUUUAAUCCUGUUUUAUAACUCCAGGAGCGUCCGUGAGCAGAGUUCGAGGGUGUUCAAUCAUAAGUCACAUACGGUUGAUUUAAUAAAAGCCAAAAUGGUUCAAAGAGGAGCUGAAGGCCCGUCUGUUAUCGCUGAGCUGAUCCAAAUGAUCUUACAGCUGCACUUUGAAAUGACUCUUUUGUUCUGCUCUGUGUCUCACAGAUCGGAUCGCCCAGAACAGGAAGACCAUCGUGUGCCCGAUGAUUGACGUAAUCGACCACGACAACUUCGGCUACGAAACACAGGUGGGGGACGCCAUGAGGGGAGCGUUUGACUGGGAAAUGUACUACAAACGGAUCCCCAUCCCUCCAGAGCUGCAGAGGGACGACCCCAGUGAACCCUUUGAGUGAGUAAUAACCCACUCAGACUAACGCCGUUCAGACUCUCCACGUCUUAACUCAGACCCAAUCUGCUUUUUUAACAUCUCUCUGUGACGGGGCAUCUUCACCGUGUCUCUGUGUCCAUGACGGCAGAUUGUAAACAUGCACGCCACACUGCUAUCGUCACAUUUAUCCACUGAACACCUGAUUAGAUGUUAUAUUGAGCGUAUAAAGAAGAGAUUCCCCGCUCGUCCUGACGCUCGUCCUGUCCCACAUGCAGACAAAGGUGCAGGUUUCUCAGAAAGGCGAAGUGAUGGGAGUUUGAAUCUGAGUGAAAUCAGAUUUUAUCCAUCCACUUUGGUUUCACUUCUGAGGGUUAAUUAGCGAUGUCAAAUGUGUGUUAUUGUAAAAAGACCUUUCUUAAUGAACACAGCACAAAAGCAGAAUUUUAAAAAUGAUCACUCCAUUUACUCCGCUGCUUCGUUUUCUCUCUGUGGUAAUUACGCCCACUCCCCCGCUAAGUUCCUGGUUUUUAGUGCUCAGUCGUUCGGCUGCAGCAGAUUUACAGCAGUGUUUACAGCAUCCUGUCAUUAAUACACGUUCAGUAGGAAACACACGGGUUCACGACAUGCCUGUCUGUCUGCAGCUGAGGUCUGUCAGCACAUGUGCAGAAGGAGGUUAGACCUAGUUUGUCUUUAUUGUCUUUUCUGCACAUGUGCAGUUCGACCUCCGUUUGUGCAUACUCAGUCUGCUUUCAUAUUUAAUAGAAAAAGUCUUUUUUUUUUUAUCAAGUUUGUUUUGCAAAGAGUAACUUUUGCCAGUGAGCAAAGUCCAACUGUUCUUGGACCUUCUGAGGUACCGUAAACAGCUCCGUGUCCAAACCUCCUUUUAUCCUAGCUUGUACGGUGUUUUACUGUAAUGAUCUACUAAAAAUCGCUGCACAUGAGGAUGAAGCUGAGGGUGGAGUAAACUACAUGUCCAGCACACCUGUUCGACGGCGUUUCUUGGACGUAUCGCCAUGAGAGGUUGUUUUGUUUCUGGACUUGGUGAAGGAUCAGUCCUCCAUGACCCCGAAUUUUCACCGCAUCCUUAACGGCUGCAAAAACGCCGUAUGCGCCAAUCGCCACUGAUCGUUUCCAUUCAAGUCAAUUUGUCAAAUUCCAGCGGCUUCUUUCCGUUCUGCUGCGGGUCGCUGGACUCCUCAGCUGAUUGCAAGAGUUCUAUUGUUUCCCGACACCGCAGCAUGGCGGAUAAAUUCAUCACAGAUUAACCCGUGCUGGAAAGGAAGUCGGGAACAGACACAAAAUAAAACAUCCAUGUUUCAGGCGGAUCGUAUUUUACAUCAUGCAAACAGGCAGGCACGAACAAGUGAAAGGUUUUACUGAUUCUAGAAGUCUAGAAGUGGAUUUCCUCCUCUGGAAGGACACGAUCUACUGCAACUACAACUCCUUAUCGCACAAUUGCAUGUAAAUCUGCGAGUUCUUGUGAGUUCUCGUGAUUCCCACUGUCUGAAAUUCACCACGAAAUUUCCCUCACAAAUGCAUCCUGUAGGAAUUGGCAGACGGUGUAAAUCGCUGCCGUUCUGGAUGCAGUGGAAAUUAUGGGUUGUACGUAAUAGUUCCAUAUUUCUGAUUGAUUCAUUGGAUUAGUCUGAAAAAUGGACUCAAAACCUGCAGAUGUAAACAGGGCUGAGAGUUAAAAUCUCUCUCUGCAGAGAGUUGUGCAGUUUCUAACAUCAUUACUGAAUACCUUAAAAUCCUGGAUGUCAGAUCCGUCUCUGCACUCAGAUCGGUGGAAGGCGCACCCUGCUUGUGCACUGUGAGAAAAUGCCGAAGGGCAGCCGUAGUUAAGGGAGCAGAGCCUGAAACCAUAAAACAAAAAGAGUUUUCGAAAGCAGCACAGAGGUUUCUGCAGUCACAGUGAGAUUCAUUCCAACCUUUUCACCUGUGCAGAGGAAAAACUGCAGAAAGCUGGCUGCUAUCACCGCGGGACUGCUAUCUGUGCUCACAGCUCAGGAGGCGUGGGAAGCCCCCGAGUGUUUCUCACUGCCGACUGGAGCCGAGCUGCCCUGUUUGCCUUUAAUUGAUCCUCCGCAGGGAUGACUUUGGCGAGAGCAGACUACCUGCUGGCUGCCUGCCUCAGACUUCCACAUGAUGAAAAAGCUUGUAACUAUGACAACCUGCCUGCGUGUAUUGUGAUGUUGGUGCACCGAGGAGGGCUGGAUUUCUUUUGGGGGGGAAAAAGAUGAGAAAAAUCCAAUUGCAUUUUGAUGGACUGCUGAGAUCAGUGUUACAUUAAUCAGGUUAAAGGAAGGCAUGUGGCGCAGAGAGAAGGGUCCUUCAGAAGGAAUCAGAUAUAUAGUUGUGUGUGUGUGUGUGUGUGUGUGUGUGUGUCUGCACCUGCUGCCCCACUUUCUCUGCCUCAGGUGUGCUGCGGCUUAAAUCAAGUGCAGCAGUGAUAGAGCAGCUAACAAGCCGUGCGCUCAGCAGCACAGAGCUUGUCACAGCAGACAGAAGCCACAGCGCUCUGUAGUGGGUUAAUUGGUUCGGCACUGUUCAGAGCAUCUUCAUUAUCUGCUGAGAAAUAGCAGCACAGUAAAUGCAUGAACUCUGACUUUCUGUUUGCAUCCUUCCAGAUAGUUUUUCUUUCUCUUAUUCUGACAAUCUUUGUAGUCGCUUCAUGUGUUUUUUUUUUCCUGUAUCCUCUGAAAAGUUACAGUGGAGUCAACCCAAGUCCCAGUGUUACAGCAAAGAGCUUAUAUACUGCAUGUUCAAACUCUGCCCGGCAGCACAAUCCACUUCUUGGCUGACAAUCCGUAUUUUUGUUUCAAACACUUGUCAACUCACUAGUACUCUACAUUCCUCUAUAUGCUUCUUCCAGAGGAGCCGUGAGAGCGAUAGAGAGGGAACACGAUGUGCUGAACGUACAGUAAUGGACGUAAAAACAACCCAAAUAGAGCUGAAUAUAAACACUGCAAAUUAUCAUCGUCUAGUCAUGUCUGUGUAGGUUCUCGUUCAUCCAGGUCAUGGUUAGCCAACUCUUCAUUAAAGGGUAACUGGACUUGUUUGAGGUUCUUGAAGACGACCCGCCUCUCUUCCAAAAGGCGUCUUCAGUUCUAACAAGACUGGGCCAAAGUUUACAGCCUCUGUUGGUCCUCACCUAGCUUGGUCGUUGACCUGGUUUCAGAUUUGUCGUGAGCUACACCACAGACCAUCUCUGCGUGGUUUGCUCCAGUUUUUCAUUUUAUCAUGACUCAGAUUAAAGCGAACUGUCAGCAUCUCAAUUCUGCUGCUCAGAGCUGCACUGUGAGCUCUAAUCCUGACAGCGCCAAACUCAAUCCUAUAGCAUAUAAUAACCUGCAUAGAGUGUGUGUGUGUGUGUGUGUGUGUGUGUGUGUGUGUGUGUGUGUGUGUGUCAUUUGUUUUUUUUAUUUCAUUUCAUAAUGGCGUCCAUUAUUGAGAGAUGUGACAAAUUCCACCGUUAACAAGCUCAAGAAAAAGGCGGGUUAUUAAAAAAAUAAGAACACAAUCCAUCGUGGAAUCCAACUGCACAUUCAGGGUCAGGGUUAUUUUAAUGAACUUAUUAUAUUAAAAUAACAAAUGAGACACCAGCAACAGUGUAAACUUGACUGUGUAAACACAUGCCAGUUUAUAGCAACAGCAAGCACUCCAUGACGGUCUACGGUCGCCCUAAAUUGACCCAUGGUUAGAAAGGAACCCGAACACAUUUUGGGGGGGUUGAGCCACAGGCAGCAGGAUUUGAAAUAAAGGCCUGCCUCUAAUACAAGCCUGCUUCUUAUAAAGGCCUGGCACCUUUUCCUGUAAAAGUAAAUAAAAGACCCGACCUAUAUUGAAGGAUGAACCCCAAAUUUUCACCACAUCUGCAACGGCUACUAAAAGGUCGUUUCCUCCGAUCGUAGCUGAUCGUAACCAUUCAAGUUAACACGUCGAUUUCCACCUCUUUAUUUAGCCUCUUUGUGAAAGUCACUGAUAUUACACCAAAGCACACCUGUCUGUGAUCUGUUCAGCUCUAACCAUCAUUUCAGAUGUUUACAUGACAGUUAAACUCUCUGUUGUAUUCCGUAUGUUGCAGGUCUCCGGUGAUGGCGGGCGGACUGUUUGCUGUAGACAGGAAGUGGUUUUGGGAGCUGGGAGGAUACGACACAGGUCUGGAGAUCUGGGGAGGAGAACAGUACGAGAUCUCCUUCAAGGUAAAAACCGUUUGUGAGGACCAUUAACCUUAGAGAUAACCCUGAACUUGGGUACCGGUGGACUGUGAGUAAAAGUCGAGGACUUCUAUUGUAUAAAGAGGGUAAAAAAACUGGAGUGAUUAACACCAGCUGUGACCCCGAGAGCUUUAACAGAAAAAAACUCCUCUGUUUUCAUACUUUUUUGGAGCUUCUCUUCAUAUUUGAGCAAUUACUGAGAUAAUGUGCCAUUUCGGGGUUAUUAUUUUGGCCAAGAUUAUCACGCUAUUCAAUUCUGCUAUCAGCACAUGCCUCGCUGUGCCUCCCAGGUCUCCUUACUGCCCUCAGAUAUUCAAUUUGGGUUUCUUUUUAUUAAGAUCCCCAUUAGAUGAUACGGCAGAGACAGCCAAUCUCCUGAGGUGAGAAGAUUAACAGGCUCUCAUACUAAUCCUUACAACCAAACUGCUGCUCCCACAGACAGCCGGGCUCGGCUCGCUCUGCUUUCACUGGUGCACUUCAUCAAAAGCUCCAUCCCGGUCGCACUAGCGUGGAAAUACUGAGCAAUUCCAGCUCAUACAGUGAAAUAAUCUCAGUGUGUGCAAGCACAUAGAGCACAGAAGCAAUCUGACCUCACAUGGCAACCAAGAGGAUAGCGGUAGCCAUAAAACUGAUGGUGGAUCUUUUAAUAUCGCCCCGGCAGAUUGGACUUUCUGUUUUGCAAACAUUUCUCAGACACAGAGCUGCUCCGGAGGCGAAGAUGAUUGAACCUCUGCGGAUGGAGCCAGGGAAACGUUAUUUAAAGUAAAAGUUGUCCGACUGGCAAACUGUUGGCAGAGGAAAACUUUUCUUUAGGCAUAUAUUACAAUAUUAAUAACAUGACUUUUUUUUUCUUCUUUUGGCGACUGUAGAUUUUAAAAAGUAAGGUUUCUGUCUCUCUGAGUGAUCGAACAGUCUACGUCGGCUCAGGAUAAACAGCUUCUUGGGUAUUUGACUCUCUAACCAGGAAAAAAUCGAUCUGUAAAUGAGUUUAUAGUAUUUAUUGAAAUCAUUGCUCAGCCUGCACCAUUAAAACCCUGUUCCUGACUUUAUUUCUGCUCAUCGUUAUUCAUGUUGCAGGAGCGACUGAAACGCCAGACAUGAAUUCAACAGUGUGCAUUUAUGUUUUAUUAACCCGGUGACACCAAACACAGAGGCAGCUCAGGUUUUAGCCCAUGCAGGACUUUGUCUUGCAGCGGUAUGUUUUAUUCAUCCAGCUGGAGUGAAUUCUGUUGUUACAGAGUUUUGCUCACUUGUGAGAUCUUUCGUCGGUUCACUGGUUUUGAAACUUUAUCUGUAACAGACCAGAGAGACUGCAGUUUAAAGUUAUGUCGACAGGGUCUGGGGGCCGGCCAUGCCUGGGUGGUUUAAUAGCCCUCUCAGGCACUUUAUUUUUGUUAUCGUCUGUGUCAGACUUUGACCACGGUACACAGCCCAAAUCAUUCAAAGACAUAAAUCAGAAUAAAAACCGCACCACAUUAUAAAGCUCCUCCCGAGAGUAAAGACUCAUCUAAAACCGCUGGGCACCAAAGAAUCCAGAACAAUAAAAGAACCGAUUCAAGUCUGAAAGUUUGAGUUGAUGAGGGACAGUCAGCUCGGCUUUACGCUGCACUGAACAAACUCUCAGACAGAUCCAAACGCUCUCCUCAUGCUGCUUUUCAAACAAGUACAACAACCCUCACUUUUUUAACCACCUUAUCACAGCACAGAUACUUGUUCUAGAGGUGAACAGAGACAUGUCCGAUGGGUUCAGAGGUCAAAAAUAAGAAGGAGAGCCUCUUGAUGCCCUUCCUUGCAAAUUAAAGAUUAAAAAAGACCUAUUUAGAUGCCCGUCCAAAGGAUUCACAUGAAAAAAGGGAUUUUGAAUGUUUACUCCAAUGAGUCAAAGUAUAGCUGAGCCCUCUUGAUGCCCUUCCCAAGUCAAAAAGAGAAUUCUGGAUGUCUUUCCCCGUAAAUAAGAAGUUGUAAUUCUAUGUGGAUGCCCCUCCUAGUAAAUAACAAGUGACAGUCCUCUGAAUACCUUUGCCAAAUUAAAAAAGAAACCACUGGAUGUCUUCCACAGUCAACAACAAGAUAAAAGAGACCUCUGGAUGCCCUUCCUUUUAAAUUAAUGAUUAAAUGAAACCUUUAUAGAUGCCUGACCAAAGGAUUCAAUUGAAAAAAGAGAUUUUGGAUGUUUGCACCAAUGUGUCAAAGUAAGAAGGAGCCCUCUUGAUGCCCUUCCUAGUAAAUAAGAAGUGAAAGUCCUCCGAGUACCCUUCCCAAGUCAAAAAGAAACUUCUGGAUGUCUUUCCCAGUAAAUAAGAAGUUGUAGUUCUAUGCGGAUACCCUUUCCAGUAAAUAAUAAGAUAAAAGAGCCCUCUGAAUGCCCAUCCUUGUAAUAAACAAGUGAAAGCCCUCUGAUUACCCUUCCCAGUGGACAACAAGUAAAAAAAAAAAAGAAAACUUCUGGAUGUCCUUUUUUGAAAAUGAAAGGUUAAAUUAGACCUCUAUAGAUGCCUGUCAGAACGAUUCAGGGGUCAAAAGUAAGAAGGGGCCCUCUUGAUGCCCUUCCUUGUAAUUAAGAAGUAAAAGUCCUCUGAAUACCCUCCUCAAGUCAAAAAGAAACUUCUGAAUGUCUUCCUCAGUAAAUAGGGUGACAGAGACCUCUGGAUGCCCUUACCAAGGGGCGUCUCUAAUGGCCCCUUUAUGGAUAAAUAUGGUCCUCUAGAUGCCCUACCUCGCAGAUAGAUUCCCCUUUCUUAGAAGUCCUUCUAAUUAAAGUGUGCACGUAACUUAACUUUUUCAUGUGAGUUUGAAGGUUUUUUAGUGUUUCCAUUUAAAUAGGCCAAAGUCAUCUCGAAGUCAUGUUGGUGUUACAGGAGCUCGACCACUGUCCCGUUAAACUGUUCUGUUUCUUCAGCCGUAAAAUCGUAUAUUAAAAUGUACAUUUCAUAUUCCUGUCCAUGUUUUGAACUCAAAGCAGCUUCCUCCUGGGUCUAACCUUCAAAAAGCAGAAACUUAUUUCCAUAAUAAAGGGAACAGUUUUGAAGCCCUGAACCCCGUUCUCCCCGUACUUGUUUGUUUUCAUGUUUAAAUCCAGCUUUUCUUUUCCCCACUUUUCAUUCUGCCAUUGUCUUCAAAACAAAACCCAUUUUCCAUCUCGCGCGCUGUCUCUAAGUCCUUCAUUCUUCCUCAUCCUCUUUACGGCCUCCUUUUCUUUCUCAAGGUUUAUUUCCAACACAGAGAGCCAAAAAUGUGAAUGCCAGCUUUUGUCCUCAUUGUAGUUUGAGGACUGGAAUGAGGAACUGCUGCUGGAUGUCUGUGUUAUGUGAGAUAGAUGAGAGGAAGGAGUGGUAAUAAUACGGACCUGCAGUAAAUGAGGGUUUUCUCCUGCCUAAGACGGGCUCAUCAGGGUGCUUAAAUCUCAUUGGAGUAUUAACGUUUUGCAGGAAAACAGAAUGUCAGGUUUUUGCAGAUUAUGUUGAUUUCCCUGAUGUGAAGAAAGUGUUCGCUUUACUUGGUUCUUCUUGAAUCUGACCCUGCUGCUCAGGUGAAGUCCGGUCACUCCUCCUCUUCCUCCACCAUCCUGCCAUUUCAUCUUUACAGCCUGUUUUUGUGAAUUCACUUCUGUCUGCUCUUUGUCUCCUGGGAUUUAUAAGCCUGUUAGAACCACUGUACCUCAUGCCACUUUCUUCUCUGCCAUGAGCGCAUGACUCAUCUCCUUCAGCUCGAUCAUCUUCUUCCUUCACCUUUCUUUACCUUUCCUCAACUUUCUCUUUGUGCAAAGUUGGUCAAAGGUUUCUGCGAUGAAAGAGCUUUCUCUUCUCCAUCUCCGCCCCUGCAGGUGUGGAUGUGCGGUGGUCGGAUGGAGGACAUCCCUUGCUCCAGGGUAGGGCACAUCUACAGAAAGUACGUCCCCUACAAGGUCCCUGGUGGGAUCAGCUUGGCAAAGGUAAUCCUUCAAACCUUGAACCUGCGCGGCUCAUGACAAAACGCACAAUGCAGUGGAUUAGUCACAGAGUUUCUGCACACUGCAGCAGUGUCAUACAGAGGUUUAGUGUCAAAACAAGGCUGUCACAUCACCUAUGAAACAUCUCAGCGACAUCAAGGCGUUGGAUUACAGUAAAUCUCAGGUGAAGUCGCCGUGAGGGGAGCAGGAAGAGCCGGAACAUAACAGAUCCGGUCACAAUUGACGACCAUUCACACAGAUCUUGUUUUUUUUAACAGGUGUUAAACCACAAAGGGUAAAACAGCGUUUCAAAAGUGGAACCAGCAGUAUGUGUGAUCCACUGCUUUAUAAAUGUUUCUUCUCAGAGAGGAAUUGCUGCAUGGGUUCAUUCAUUCAUUUUCUACCACUUGGGGGUCACGGGGGGCUGGAGCCUAUCCCAGCAUCUUCGGGCUAAGGCGAGGGGACACCCUGGACAAGUCGCCAGUUUAUCGCAAGAAAUGUUUCGCCCAAGGACGCAACAGACAGACUAGGAAUAGGGGGAAUCGAACUGCCAACCUUCCAGUUUUUGGACGUCCUCUCUUCCUCUCAAGCUACUGCCGCUCCCCCCAGUCUAAGGCACAUUGGAGUAAAGCUGCAAGCAUUUGCUAUCCAAUCCGAUCCGAUCCAGGUUUAUUCAUAAAGCAUAUUUUAAAAAAAAACAAACCGCUGACCAAAGUCAGACAAUAAAACCGGACAAUUAACACAAACAAUAAAACAAAGACACAGGAACACAUUAAAAACAGAGGGACGUAGAUGGUUCAGUAAAAACAGGAUUAAAAGGCCAAGGAGUAAAAGUGAGUUUUCAAAUGUGAGUUAAAAACAGGCAGAGAGGGGGACGGACAGUCGGACAUGAAGAGGAAGAGCAUCCAGAGCUUAGGCACAGCAACGGAAGAGGACCAGUCACCCCUGAACUUUAAUCUUGACCUCGGGACAGUCAGAAGGUCAAAGAGAUAAAAAGGAUUCAGUUUGAAGAUUUAUGAGUUAAAAACAAAUUUUACAAUUAAUCCUAAAACGCACAGGAAGCCGGUGAAGAGAGGCGAAAAUGGUGGAAAUGUGGUCAUAUUUACGGCGACCAGAUAAAAUACGAGCCGCUGCAUUUUGAACGAGCUGUAAACGAUUAAGAGAGGCACUAAAAUACAGUGCAUUACAAUAAUCAAGACAAGCGUGCACAACCUUCUUAAAAUCAUGAAAAGAUAAAAAAGACUUGACCUCGUUUAAAAGACGAAGGUGAUAAAAACUGGCUUUUACAUCUGCAUUUAUCUGUAGAUCCAUUAUGUGAAAUAAAGACAUUUUGAUUUUAUACUUUCACCUCAUUAUGCCUCAGAGUGUUUUUUGAGGGGACGUUUUUUACCCGUGCAACAAUUCCUUCCCUAAAAGAAACAAAUCAGUCUGUUCGAGCGCUUAUAUGAUGACCUUUAUUCCAUCAUUGUCUUCCACUUUUUUACCUGCAUGUCAAGAGCUGGUUUGCCACGAUUGCCCCAGUAUCUCUCUCUUGUCAUAUUCUGUCCUUGGGCUUUUCAGACUCACACCUGCUCUCCUCCUCUCUCCUCUCUCCUCUCUCCUCCUCCUCUCUCCUCCUCCUCUCCUCAUGACUAACUGAAUAAAAACUAGUUUCUCCGACAUUUCCCUCGAAAAUGGGAGCUUGCUUGAUGAUGAACCACCCAUGUUCCCUGUCUUUAAAAUGAGAGGUUUGACUGAAGUGGCUCCAACACGAACAUUUAACCAUCAGCCAUGAAAGAGCAGCUCUGUUUAACAGAUGGUUGCAUAUUUGCUUCUUACAUCCUUUACUAAGUGUCCUCUUCUUGCUGCUUUGAAUCCAUGAGAGCACUUUACAGUCUGCACAGCUCCCUCAAAUAAUAGACCACCUGAUGAGAGGCAGCAGCGCCCAGUCUAUCCUCUAUCUCCCUCUUUUAGCUUUCACAGGUGUUACUGUGAAGAAUGAGCUUAACUUUUCGGUUCCUCGUUCUCUUCGAAGCACCCUCACAGAAUUAGAAAUGGACGAGAAAAGCUGCAUCAUCCGGGUUGUAGCUGAACACCAUGCAUUAUGUAUGCCUCCGCCCCAGUCUGGAACUGGACCCGCUUUGGCUCAGUAUGCAGCUCCAAAGAGCUGGCCUUUGUUUGGACUUUUUUUUAUUCGGACCAAACAGCCUUUAAAUGUGGCGUCAGUGGAAUACUGAUGGUCCGGAGUUAACCUUUCUCUGCUGAUAAGGAGAAACAUUCACUCAAAGGACUUGCUUGUCAUUGUGCUUUUUCAGAGUUUCACCUUCUUAAAGAAAUGCUUCACUUUCUGUUUGCAUGGAGAGCAUUUUUCCAUGGCCAAGGUUCGAGUAAAGUAACCAAAUGUAGCUGAUAUGUUGGACUAUAGGAGUGAAGAAGUGGACGCCACUGUGAAACAAACUCUGAGGACAUUAUGAGUCAGAAACAACGGACUAGAUAGAUUUACGUCAAAAUGUUUCCUUCACUGUCAGGGAUUGUAAGAUGAUGGAUUUAUUGUUGUUAUAAUAGUGGAAGCUUAAAUAUAUGAGAAAAAUAAACAUAUUUCAAACAUCUCUAGCUCAAAACAUCUGUCUUUAUUUAGAAAUGACUAAAUCACUUGAUAUAAAACAGGUGAGGGGACCAGCUGCUGAUUUUGCACCUUAAAAUACUUUAAAAAAUGAAGAAAAUUCCACAAAUUGGUUUAGAAAUUCUUCAUAACAAUUUGGUCCCACUUUACAGUAAACAUAACUUAUAAAUGGUAAAUAGAGUAUUUAUAAAUGGCAAGCAGAUAGUUUAUAAAUGUUUACUCAUCAUUUAUAAAUAGCAUACAGACUAUUAAUAAAUUGUAAAUUUUACAAUUUUAAAAACCUAACCCUAACCCUGACUUUACAACCAAUAUUUAAACCCAAUAUAAAUAUAUAAACCUUUGAUAAAUAGUCCAUUAAUAAUUAAUGAAAAUUAGUAAUCAGAAUUCCAUUGCUUGUUAAUGGUAAAGUAACUAUUAACUUACAUUAAUAAACUAUCUAUUUGGCAUUUAUAAUUGGUCUUUAUGCUGUUUUUAAAUGAUGAUUAAACAUUAUAAACUAUCUAUUUACCAUUUAUUAAUUAUGUUUUUUUGUAAAGCGUUACCAAAGCUUUGAACAUUGUCGUUGGUACAAAGAAGUUGAGACUUGUGAAUCUCGCCGAUUGUCGGCGAAGGAAUUUGGUCACCUGACGCUUUUUUUCUUUUGGUUUCAGAACCUGAAGCGGGUCGCGGAGGUGUGGAUGGACGAGUACGCCGAAUACGUCUACCAGCGGCGCCCCGAGUACCGCCACCUCUCAGCGGGAGACAUGACGGCCCAGAAAGAACUGAGGAGCCGCCUGAACUGCAAGAACUUCAAGUGGUUCAUGAGCCAAGUGGUGUGGGAUCUUCCCAAACACUAUCCACCGGUGGAGCCUCCUGCUGCGGCCUGGGGGGAGGUGAGGGUCUGUCUCUGCUGCUGAUGCUUGGGUGGAGGGAAACUAGAAAUGGUGCAAACAAAGUACUUCCUUUAGAAGGUGGCGCUGCUCCUUUUUCAGAUUUCUUUCAUAAACGUUUAAAAUUACUCAAAUAUAUCAAUUAUGAACCAAAAACAGACAGAAGCAUAGAGAAACUGAAGGUCAUGGAGGGAUCGGUUCAUGGGAGUAAAAUUUGCCUCAUCGGAGGGAGAUGUUGCACAAAUAUCUUCUAGAUCGGUUGAGUAAAUGCUCCAUUCAUCUCAUCCUUGUUCAUGAGUCCUUUAGAGCUGUCUGGGUGAGGUUACUCAUUUUGUGGAGUUGAAGUUCCCAAAGAAAAUAACUACAGAGGCUGGCAGUACGGCAGAUUUUCUGAAGCCAUUAUCUUGUAAAUGCCUUUCUACUCAAAGCCAACAAUGUCUUUUAAAGUGGGGAUCCCAUCAGGCAUAUGUCUGAAGUGGAGCGAGAGUGUUUUUUACUGAUAGUUUUGGAGACAAUUGUUGCUACUCUGCCCAAAAAGCUGAAUAAGGAUGACAAGAAUAUAGAUAUGUCUGUUGUUAACCACAUCUUCUUCACAGAGCCUCCAGAAUUGAGUGCAUGGAGAAUUUAUAAAAGAGGCUUUAUGAGUUGAGUGACCCCCUUCGUAGUGUUUUAGGCCAUAAAAAUCUGAAGUUAUCGAUCACAUUCCUGUUAAUCUCGUUUUCUUUUAUUGUUCAUAAUGUGGCGUCAGAAUGCGGUUUUCGUCCGGUGCUUCGGGAGUACGGGUGGAGGGUUCCUUAUUAAGGGCCAUCCAAUCUCUUUACCAAAGGAGCACGAGCUUGGUCCGUGUAGACGGUUGUAAGUCGAUCUACGUGCCGACCCUCACCUAUAGUCAUGAACUUUGGGUAAUAACCGAAAGAACGAGAGAGCAGAUACAUGGCAUCAGAAUCAAUUUCAUUCAUAUCACAGUCUAUCAAGAAUGCCUCACACGGGGCACCGUUUUCCAGCGGUCCACAGGCACCUUUUACUGUGGUUAUAUCCCUCAGGUGGUCCAUCUAACUUCAGUUUACCUCAUUACCUACUCUGUCCUGUCUUGUUCUCUAAAUAAAAGCAAAAAAAAAAAAAAAAACGGACUAAAAAAAGACCAAAAUCUGUCAAAUCAGCAUUUAUUUAGUCAGACUCGUUACUCAAGUGAGCUCCACUUCAGACACCCACACCUCAAUUUCCACGUCAGACACUUUAUUUCUUUGACUUCUACUAUAGUGUUACUGCAGGAACUUUUAACCUUCAGCUCAUUUUACACAUUUUCAUCCAUGUGCUGCUUCACACUGACCAGCUAUAGAAAAACGUUGGUUUUAGAGGAAAGAAUAUGAGGCUGAAACAUUUGUGCAGACUACCAAGUAAAUCACUUUUUUUUAAAGGAGCAAUGCAUGAAAAGAUGCGUGCACACAGCUUUAUAAACAUCUUAUUUUUCUGCGAACGCCAUUUAUAUCUUUUUGGUGCAUGUACACUAUUAUUAAGGAUUCUACACACUGGAUUUUAUAAAUGCGACCUUUUUCAGGUCUGUGUAUUUCUUUAUUCAGUUGUGAUGCCACAGCAUAGCCUGCCCGCUGUAGUCGAACAUUAGAAGGUGGUAUCAAAGCUCUUGCCUUUAGUACAGUUAUAAAAUCAGGGUGUUUUGCUGGACAUUUGUGCAGUUUAACCUCCUUUGCAGCCUGAAAAUGAAACUUAAUUUGCACAGCAUGUUUAAUAACCCGACAGAUACUGUAUGUGCUCUUAUGUACGUCUGGCUGACAGGAAGCAAUGAAUAAGGUAAUGAGCUCCUACCACCAGUGAGGACUAACAUCACAACCCUCAAGUUAAUAAUAUAAAUGGAAAUGUGUGAUUGAUGGCGACUGAUUGUUCCAGUAAUAAAAGGAAUAAGUCAAAAGGAUUUCAGUACAGAGGAAAAAAUGGAAAUGAGUGAAAUAGAUGGCUGUUCCUCAGCAAAGCAAACAGUGUUUUCAUCUUUUGUUUGACCUGUCAGCUCUUUUACUUCCUCAAAUCCUCAAGAAAAAUAACUUUGAAUGCCCUACAGCUCCUUCAUCAACUCCACUCCUGAUAACAUCCAGAAUGAAACGAGUGUAUCCUUAAUUAUCAUAAAUUACAGACUCUUGGUGAAUAUAUUCAGAAUCAUGACAUAAAAGUACACUCUUAGAAAUCCAUGAACCAGUUCCAUUAAUUAGAAUCUGCAUCUCUGCAGGUAUUGGUUUUGGAUUAUAGUUCGUACAGUGAGGAGAAAAUCUAGGACACGCUGGUGGAUCUACCUGCAGCCUGGUUAUUGAGCCCGUGCCUUAACCUGCGGGUCAUCCUUCGUCUUUACCUUUCUUCAUUGGCUGCCAUCUCAAAGUGAGCUCAUGGAUAACUAAAGUUUAUGGAAACAGUCACUUCCGAUUGUUAAAGCAUCUCAUUUUCAUUUUCAAACUGGUACAAAAAUGGAUUUUUAAAGAGGGGGAAAUUUGCAAGUUUACAUUUGAUGCUCCAAAUAGCGACCUACUGUGAAGUCAGCUGAAAUGGAUCCGUGAGACCAGCAGCUCACCUCCUCCAAAGUCUGUGAAGAUCAGUUUAUUUUCAGGGACUGUCCAGAUUAAAUCCCUCCAAAGGGAAGGUAGACGUUAAAAGCCUUGAAGGUUUGUCCCAUAAAAACUGGUCAUGAAAAGUGGAGAUUGUUUGUAAUCUGAGUUGUCAUAUAUCCGGGUCAUUAUGGAAGGAUGGAAGUGCGUCACUCAGAGAAGCAUACUGCAGAAUUCCCUGUAAAAACAACAGAAAAGAAACUGAUGAAACAGGUUUGCAAUAAGACAGGUGGACGCCCUCUCCUCCUGAAUACUGCAGUUAUCAGCAGUUCAUCCUGGGUCGACACCGGAGGGCCAAACCAGAACAAUGCUGUCAGUCUGCACCCAUAACAAACACCUCAGGAACAUAGACGUCUGUGGUGAUACUGGCAUUAUACUGUUUAAUGUGAUAAGGCCACAAGAGACAUCCAUUAAAGCUCUAACUUCAGUUUUUUCCUCUCAGAGCUCGCUGUCUUUGUGACUUCCUGUGUUUUAUAUAUAUAUAUAUGUGUGUGUGUGUGUGUUCUGUAGAUCCAGAACGUGGGGAGUGGGAUGUGUAUGGAGAUUAAACGCUUUGUGUCGGGGAGUCCGAUCCGCCUGGAGAGCUGUGUGAAAUCGCGGGGCGAGGUGGGCUGGAGUCACGGACAGGUGAGAGUCUUUGAUAAAUGUUUCAUGACGCUUCAGUGAACUCGGACAGGUCAUGGAGUGCUGCUCUGCAUGUAUUCUCCAUUAAACUAUCUUAACAUCCAACAAGACUCCUCUGUUUCGCUCACACUCGUAAAGAAAUACUACUGUGUCCUAAAACUGGGAGAACUGGUGUUUAUUGGGACAGAAGGACGGGAGACACUGGUCUCUUUCUGUUGUUUCCACACAUCAUGAUAUAUCCUGAUAAAUUCUAGAAUAAGAAUAUCGUCAGAUCGAUCUUCUGACUGAUCAGCCUCAGACUGAGAGAGUCCCUAAGCUCUCCAUCAUGCGCACUCUUGAAUACAUGCAGAAAACACACACACACUGACACACUUCAACACAACUCAAAGGUUUUUCCUUUAGUCCUCAUAAUCUAAAUAAAUCACGUCAAGCAGCAGAUGUUGGAGAUGUUCUGAUGUGUUCCUCAGGUGUUGACGUUUGGUUGGAGGGAAGACAUUCGAGUGGGCGACCCGAUGCACACAAGGAAGGUCUGUUUUGACGCCGUGUCCCACAGCAGCCCGGUCACCCUGUACGACUGUCACGGCAUGAAGGGGAACCAGCUCUGGCGCUACAGAAAGGUAGAGGACAGGAAAAUGGAAAUAUGUGCUGAUGCAUCGUCAUUAUACUUGACAGAAAACCUCUAAAGCCUCUUGGAUCACAUUAUUGCCAAUGAAAAAUCUAGUUUUCUUUCUUCCCUGAGGAACGCGCAGUGGUUCAGAGUGACUGUAACAUGUUACCUGCUCUGGAAGUGUGGGAAUAAAACACGACAUAUUCAUGCCAGUGUCUCAGCUUUGUCCAAACGUUCCUUCACGUCAGUACCAACGCUGCUCUCAUCUCCAUUCUUCUCUUUCUCCAGGAUAAGAGUCUGUAUCACCCCGUCAGUAACAGCUGUAUCGACUGCAGCCCGAGUGAGCGGCGGGUCUUCAUGAACACCUGCGAUCCGACCUCCCUCACCCAGCAGUGGCUGUUUGAGAAAACCAACGCCACCGUGCUGAAGCACUUCAACCGGAGCACCAACUGAGGCGGCUGAAAGGUGAGGGAACCAAAGCUCUGACCUUCUGGAUCAUUUGUCUGCACUCCCAGACAAAUGUGACCAUGCAAAGAUAGAAAUAUGAGGCUGAACCAUGUGCAUGUGAUCCCAGAUUAAUCAAGAUUUGUAAAAGGAACAAAUCCCCGGGUUUUUGGUACAUACACAUUUUAGCCACCGAUUCUAGGCCCUGUUAUAGACAUGAGGCCCGCAGUGACAGUUCCUUUUUUCAACUUGACCACAGCAGCUCUUCUGUGUCUGAUAACGCUGCCUGUGUUUCCCUUUUGUACAGAUAAGAAUGGAAACUUUACUCGAAUAAUGAGCUGAUCAGCAUUAUUCCCAGUGAAAAGGCAAAGAUCUGAAGAGAUGGUCGAAUCACACACAACAAAAUCCAGAUAACAGUAAUACAGCACGAGCUCGCUCCGAGGAAAGAGGUGAACUAACGAUUCACCAAAGGUUAUUUCAAAGAAUGAAAGACGGUUUAUUCACUGUCUGUUUUUGAUCAUCCUCAGGAUUGAUGAGCCACGGUGAAAGCUGAUCGUCCUGCAAAGACCCCCGAACCCCCAGAGUUCUGAGAGACUCCAGUUUGGACUUCAAGUGUCGUACAGUGGAAACUUUGUGAAAAUGCUCCGGUCUCUCUGACAAACACAGACUCUUCUGGGUUGAACGAAAUCUCAACUAUUUUGCCUCUUUCUUAUCUUUUCUUCUUUAAAUUGUUGCCUUAACAGAAAAAAACCAGCCCCCCCCCCCAUCUGUGCAAAAAGCUAAUGGUAGCAUCCUGCGUGUGGACCUUUUUUUGCAAGUAUAACUCUGUUUGGACUGAAGAAAAUGCCUGAAAAACGUACAACAUGUACACCUGCACGGUGAGCGGGAACAUGCAAGAAUAUGCCUUUUAUCGACUGAACAGAAUCCUGUAAAUACUGAAGGUACAAAUGUUUAUUUUUGUACUAAUUUAUAAAGUUCUACAACAAGA